GACCUGCCCCUUUCAAACCUGCUUGCACGUGGAAAGCAUCCAGGGCCCAAAAUGAGCUACUACGCCGAGAAUUGCUAGGCCAGAGGCUGACCGCCGACAAAUGUGCUUUCACCACCGCUGGAGAGCGCCAGCUGCUGGACAUCCAGUGCUCCAGAGGAGAGCUGCAAGCGGAAUGCAUCUGCAGGCUGUUCAGUUGAAUUGCAUUCAAAGACAGCCACGAAUGGACAGGAGCUACGCAAGGCGAAAGCAGCGUGGGGAAAGCAUCCAGGGCCUCGGGGGAGGCGCUUUCCCUGCGCUCUUGCUUAAAGGCUGGGUUCGGAGGCUGGUACAGCGUCUACGGCCAUACUACCCUGAACACGCCCGAUCUCGUCUGAUCUCGGAAGCUAAGCAGGGUCAGGCCUGGUUAGUACUUGGAUGGGAGACCGCCUGGGAAUACCGGGUGCCGUAGGCUUUUGCCUCCUUUUGCCGCUCAGCGGCCCCGCUUUCAACUCUGCCCCUCCCCUUGCCGCCCAUUUCAUGCCAGGCGCUGCUGCCUGAUCUUUCCUUUCACUUGCUUUCCUUCUGACCUGCCCCUUUCAAACCUGCUUGCACGUGGAAAGCAUCCAGGGCCCAAAAUGAGCUACUACGCCGAGAAUUGCUAGGCCAAAGGCUGACCGCCGACAAAUGUGCUUUCACCACCGCUGGAGAGCGCCAGCUGCUGGACAUCCAGUGCUCCAGAGGAGAGCUGCAAGCGGAAUGCAUCUGCAGGCUGUUCAGUUGAAUUGCAUUCAAAGACAGCCACGAAUGGACAGGAGCUACGCAAGGCGAAAGCUGCGUGGGGAAAGCAUCCAGGGCCACUGGGGAGGCGCUUUCCCUGCGCUCUUGCUUAAAGGCUGGGUUCGGAGGCUGGUACAGCGUCUACGGCCAUACUACCCUGAACACGCCCGAUCUCGUCUGAUCUCGGAAGCUAAGCAGGGUCAGGCCUGGUUAGUACUUGGAUGGGAGACCGCCUGGGAAUACCGGGUGCCGUAGGCUUUUGCCUCCUUUGCCGCUCAGCGGCCCCGCUUUCAACUCUGCCCCUCCACUUGCCGCCCAUUUCAUGCCAGGCGCUGCGGCCUGAUCUUUCCUUUCACUUGCUUUCCUUCUGACCUGCCCCUUUCAAACCUGCUUGCACGUGGAAAGCAUCCAGGGCCCAAAAUGAGCUACUACGCCGAGAAUUGCUAGGCCAGAGGCUGACCGCCGACAAAUGUGCUUUCACCACCGCUGGAGAGCGCCAGCUGCUGGACAUCCAGUGCUCCAGAGGAGAGCUGCAAGCGGAAUGCAUCUGCAGGCUGUUCAGUUGAAUUGCAUUCAAAGACAGCCACGAAUGGACAGGAGCUACGCAAGGCGAAAGCUGCGUGGGGAAAGCAUCCAGGGCCUCGGGGAGGCGCUUUCCCUGCGCUCUUGCUUAAAGGCUGGGUUCGGAGGCUGGUACAGCGUCUACGGCCAUACUACCCUGAACACGCCCGAUCUCGUCUGAUCUCGGAAGCUAAGCAGGGUCAGGCCUGGUUAGUACUUGGAUGGGAGACCGCCUGGGAAUACCGGGUGCCGUAGGCUUUGCCUCCUUUUGCCGCUCAGCGGCCCCGCUUUCAACUCUGCCCCUCCCCUUGCCGCCCAUUUCAUGCCAGGCGCUGCGGCCUGCUCUUUCGAUCUUUCCUUUCACUUGCUUUCCUUCUGACCUGCCCCUUUCAAACCUGCUUGCACGUGGAAAGCAUCCAGGGCCCAAAAUGAGCUACUACGCCGAGAAUUGCUAGGCCAGAGGCUGACCGCCGACAAAUGUGCUUUCACCACCGCUGGAGAGCGCCAGCUGCUGGACAUCCAGUGCUCCAGAGGAGAGCUGCAAGCGGAAUGCAUCUGCAGGCUGUUCAGUUGAAUUGCAUUCAAAGACAGCCACGAAUGGACAGGAGCUACGCAAGGCGAAAGCUGCGUGGGGAAAGCAUCCAGGGCCUCGGGGAGGCGCUUUCCCUGCGCUCUUGCUUAAAGGCUGGGUUCGGAGGCUGGUACAGCGUCUACGGCCAUACUACCCUGAACACGCCCGAUCUCGUCUGAUCUCGGAAGCUAAGCAGGGUCAGGCCUGGUUAGUACUUGGAUGGGAGACCGCCUGGGAAUACCGGGUGCCGUAGGCUUUUGCCGCUCAGUGGCCCCGCUUUCAACUCUGCCCCUCCACUUGCCGCCCAUUUCAUGCCAGGCGCUGCGGCCUGAUCUUUCCUUUCACUUGCUUUCCUUCUGACCUGCCCCUUUCAAACCUGCUUGCACGUGGAAAGCAUCCAGGGCCCAAAAUGAGCUACUACGCCGAGAAUUGCUAGGCCAGAGGCUGACCGCCGACAAAUGUGCUUUCACCACCGCUGGAGAGCGCCAGCUGCUGGACAUCCAGUGCUCCAGAGGAGAGCUGCAAGCGGAAUGCAUCUGCAGGCUGUUCAGUUGAAUUGCAUUCAAAGACAGCCACGAAUGGACAGGAGCUACGCAAGGCGAAAGCUGCGUGGGGAAAGCAUCCAGGGCCUCGGGGAGGCGCUUUCCCUGCGCUCUUGCUUAAAGGCUGGGUUCGGAGGCUGGUACAGCGUCUACGGCCAUACUACCCUGAACACGCCCGAUCUCGUCUGAUCUCGGAAGCUAAGCAGGGUCAGGCCUGGUUAGUACUUGGAUGGGAGACCGCCUGGGAAUACCGGGUGCCGUAGGCUUUUGCCGCUCAGUGGCCCCGCUUUCAACUCUGCCCCUCCACUUGCCGCCCAUUUCAUGCCAGGCGCUGCGGCCUGCUCUUCGAUCUUUCCUUUCACUUGCUUUCCUUCUGACCUGCCCCUUUCAAACCUGCUUGCACGUGGAAAGCAUCCAGGGCCCAAAAUGAGCUACUACGCCGAGAAUUGCUAGGCCAAAGGCUGACCGCCGACAAAUGUGCUUUCACCACCGCUGGAGAGCGCCAGCUGCUGGACAUCCAGUGCUCCAGAGGAGAGCUGCAAGCGGAAUGCAUCUGCAGGCUGUUCAGUUGAAUUGCAUUCAAAGACAGCCACGAAUGGACAGGAGCUACGCAAGGCGAAAGCUGCGUGGGGAAAGCAUCCAGGGCCUCGGGGAGGCGCUUUCCCUGCGCUCUUGCUUAAAGGCUGGGUUCGGAGGCUGGUACAGCGUCUACGGCCAUACUACCCUGAACACGCCCGAUCUCGUCUGAUCUCGGAAGCUAAGCAGGGUCAGGCCUGGUUAGUACUUGGAUGGGAGACCGCCUGGGAAUACCGGGUGCCGUAGGCUUUGCCUCCUUUUGCCGCUCAGCGGCCCCGCUUUCAACUCUGCCCCUCCCCUUGCCGCCCAUUUCAUGCCAGGCGCUGCGGCCUGCUCUUUCGAUCUUUCCUUUCACUUGCUUUCCUUCUGACCUGCCCCUUUCAAACCUGCUUGCACGUGGAAAGCAUCCAGGGCCCAAAAUGAGCUACUACGCCGAGAAUUGCUAGGCCAAAGGCUGACCGCCGACAAAUGUGCUUUCACCACCGCUGGAGAGCGCCAGCUGCUGGACAUCCAGUGCUCCAGAGGAGAGCUGCAAGCGGAAUGCAUCUGCAGGCUGUUCGGUUGAAUUGCAUUCAAAGACAGCCACGAAUGGACAGGAGCUACGCAAGGCGAAAGCUGCGUGGGGAAAGCAUCCAGGGCCUCGGGGGAGGCGCUUUCCCUGCGCUCUUGCUUAAAGGCUGGGUUCGGAGGCUGGUACAGCGUCUACGGCCAUACUACCCUGAACACGCCCGAUCUCGUCUGAUCUCGGAAGCUAAGCAGGGUCAGGCCUGGUUAGUACUUGGAUGGGAGACCGCCUGGGAAUACCGGGUGCCGUAGGCUUUUGCCUCCUUUUGCCGCUCAGCGGCCCCGCUUUCAACUCUGCCCCUCCACUUGCCGCCCAUUUCAUGCCAGGCGCUGCGGCCUGCUCUUUCGAUCUUUCCUUUCACUUGCUUUCCUUCUGACCUGCCCCUUUCAAACCUGCUUGCACGUGGAAAGCAUCCAGGGCCCAAAAUGAGCUACUACGCCGAGAAUUGCUAGGCCAAAGGCUGACCGCCGACAAAUGUGCUUUCACCACCGCUGGAGAGCGCCAGCUGCUGGACAUCCAGUGCUCCAGAGGAGAGCUGCAAGCGGAAUGCAUCUGCAGGCUGUUCGGUUGAAUUGCAUUCAAAGACAGCCACGAAUGGACAGGAGCUACGCAAGGCGAAGCUGCGUGGGGAAAGCAUCCAGGGCCUCGGGGGAGGCGCUUUCCCUGCGCUCUUGCUUAAAGGCUGGGUUCGGAGGCUGGUACAGCGUCUACGGCCAUACUACCCUGAACACGCCCGAUCUCGUCUGAUCUCGGAAGCUAAGCAGGGUCAGGCCUGGUUAGUACUUGGAUGGGAGACCGCCUGGGAAUACCGGGUGCCGUAGGCUUUUGCCUCCUUUUGCCGCUCAGCGGCCCCGCUUUCAACUCUGCCCCUCCACUUGCCGCCCAUUUCAUGCCAGGCGCUGCGGCCUGAUCUUUCCUUUCACUUGCUUUCCUUCUGACCUGCCCCUUUCAAACCUGCUUGCACGUGGAAAGCAUCCAGGGCCCAAAAUGAGCUACUACGCCGAGAAUUGCUAGGCCAAAGGCUGACCGCCGACAAAUGUGCUUUCACCACCGCUGGAGAGCGCCAGCUGCUGGACAUCCAGUGCUCCAGAGGAGAGCUGCAAGCGGAAUGCAUCUGCAGGCUGUUCGGUUGAAUUGCAUUCAAAGACAGCCACGAAUGGACAGGAACUACGCAAGGCGAAAGCUGCGUGGGGAAAGCAUCCAGGGCCUCGGGAGGCGCUUUCCCUGCGCUCUUGCUUAAAGGCUGGGUUCGGAGGCUGGUACAGCGUCUACGGCCAUACUACCCUGAACACGCCCGAUCUCGUCUGAUCUCGGAAGCUAAGCAGGGUCAGGCCUGGUUAGUACUUGGAUGGGAGACCGCCUGGGAAUACCGGGUGCCGUAGGCUUUGCCUCCUUUUGCCGCUCAGCGGCCCCGCGUGCCACUCUGCCCCUCCCCUUGCCGCCCAUUUCAUGCCAGGCGCUGCGGCCUGCUCUUUCGAUCUUUCCUUUCACUUGCUUUCCUUCUGACCUGCCCCUUUCAAACCUGCUUGCACGUGGAAAGCAUCCAGGGCCCAAAAUGAGCUACUACGCCGAGAAUUGCUAGGCCAGAGGCUGACCGCCGACAAAUGUGCUUUCACCACCGCUGGAGAGCGCCAGCUGCUGGACAUCCAGUGCUCCAGAGGAGAGCUGCAAGCGGAAUGCAUCUGCAGGCUGUUCGGUUGAAUUGCAUUCAAAGACAGCCACGAAUGGACAGGAGCUACGCAAGGCGAAGCUGCGUGGGGAAAGCAUCCAGGGCCUCGGGGGAGGCGCUUUCCCUGCGCUCUUGCUUAAAGGCUGGGUUCGGAGGCUGGUACAGCGUCUACGGCCAUACUACCCUGAACACGCCCGAUCUCGUCUGAUCUCGGAAGCUAAGCAGGGUCAGGCCUGGUUAGUACUUGGAUGGGAGACCGCCUGGGAAUACCGGGUGCCGUAGGCUUUUGCCUCCUUUUGCCGCUCAGCGGCCCCGCUUUCAACUCUGCCCCUCCACUUGCCGCCCAUUUCAUGCCAGGCGCUGCGGCCUGCUCUUUCGAUCUUUCCUUUCACUUGCUUUCCUUCUGACCUGCCCCUUUCAAACCUGCUUGCACGUGGAAAGCAUCCAGGGCCCAAAAUGAGCUACUACGCCGAGAAUUGCUAGGCCAAAGGCUGACCGCCGACAAAUGUGCUUUCACCACCGCUGGAGAGCGCCAGCUGCUGGACAUCCAGUGCUCCAGAGGAGAGCUGCAAGCGGAAUGCAUCUGCAGGCUGUUCGGUUGAAUUGCAUUCAAAGACAGCCACGAAUGGACAGGAGCUACGCAAGGCGAAAGCUGCGUGGGGAAAGCAUCCAGGGCCUCGGGGGAGGCGCUUUCCCUGCGCUCUUGCUUAAAGGCUGGGUUCGGAGGCUGGUACAGCGUCUACGGCCAUACUACCCUGAACACGCCCGAUCUCGUCUGAUCUCGGAAGCUAAGCAGGGUCAGGCCUGGUUAGUACUUGGAUGGGAGACCGCCUGGGAAUACCGGGUGCCGUAGGCUUUUGCCUCCUUUGCCGCUCAGCGGCCCCGCUUUCAACUCUGCCCCUCCACUUGCCGCCCAUUUCAUGCCAGGCGCUGCGGCCUGCUCUUUCGAUCUUUCCUUUCACUUGCUUUCCUUCUGACCUGCCCCUUUCAAACCUGCUUGCACGUGGAAAGCAUCCAGGGCCCUAAAUGAGCUACUACGCCGAGAAUUGCUAGGCCAAAGGCUGACCGCCGACAAAUGUGCUUUCACCACCGCUGGAGAGCGCCAGCUGCUGGACAUCCAGUGCUCCAGAGGAGAGCUGCAAGCGGAAUGCAUCUGCAGGCUGUUCGGUUGAAUUGCAUUCAAAGACAGCCACGAAUGGACAGGAGCUACGCAAGGCGAAAGCUGCGUGGGGAAAGCAUCCAGGGCCUCGGGAGGCGCUUUACCAGCGAACUUCCUUAAAGGCUCGGUUCGCAGGAAGGUACAUCGUCUCAGGCCAUACUACACUGAACACGCCCGAUCUCGUCUGAUCUCGGAAGCUAAGCAGGGUCCGGCCUGGUUAGUACUUGGAUGGGAGACCGCCUGGGAAUACCGGGUGCCGUAGGCUUUGCCUCCUUUUGCCGCUCAGCGGCCCCGCUUUCAACUCUGCCCCUCCACUUGCCGCCCAUUUCAUGCCAGGCGCUGCGGCCUGCUCUUUCGAUCUUUCCUUUCACUUGCUUUCCUUCUGACCUGCCCCUUUCAAACCUGCUUGCACGUGGAAAGCAUCCAGGGCCCUAAAUGAGCUACUACGCCGAGAAUUGCUAGGCCAAAGGCUGACCGCCGACAAAUGUGCUUUCACCACCGCUGGAGAGCGCCAGCUGCUGGACAUCCAGUGCUCCAGAGGAGAGCUGCAAGCGGAAUGCAUCUGCAGGCUGUUCGGUUGAAUUGCAUUCAAAGACAGCCACGAAUGGACAGGAACUACGCAAGGCGAAAGCUGCGUGGGGAAAGCAUCCAGGCCUCGGGGGAGGCGCUUUCCCUGCGCUCUUGCUUAAAGGCUGGGUUCGGAGGCUGGUACAGCGUCUACGGCCAUACUAUCCUGAACACGCCCGAUCUCGUCUGAUCUCGGAAGCUAAGCAGGGUCAGGCCUGGUUAGUACUUGAAUGGGAGACCGCCUGGGAAUACCGGGUGCCGUAGGCUUUUGCCUCCUUUUGCCGCUCAGCGGCCCCGCUUUCAGCUCUGCCCCUCCACUUGCCGCCCAUUUCAUGCCAGGCGCUUCGGCCUGCUCUUUCGAUCUUUCCUUUCACUUGCUUUCCUUCUGACCUGCCCCUUUCAAACCUGCUUGCACGUGGAAAGCAUCCAGGGCCCAAAAUGAGCUACUACGCCGAGAAUUGCUAGGCCAAAGGCUGACCGCCGACAAAUGUGCUUUCACCACCGCUGGAGAGCGCCAGCUGCUGGACAUCCAGUGCUCCAGAGGAGAGCUGCAAGCGGAAUGCAUCUGCAGGCUGUUCGGUUGAAUUGCAUUCAAAGACAGCCACGAAUGGACAGGAGCUACGCAAGGCGAAAGCUGCGUGGGGAAAGCAUCCAGGGCCUCGGGGGAGGCGCUUCCCUGCGCUCUUGCUUAAAGGCUGGGUUCGGAGGCUGGUACAGCGUCUACGGCCAUACUACCCUGAACACGCCCGAUCUCGUCUGAUCUCGGAAGCUAAGCAGGGUCAGGCCUGGUUAGUACUUGGAUGGGAGACCGCCUGGGAAUACCGGGUGCCGUAGGCUUUUGCCUCCUUUUGCCGCUCAGCGGCCCCGCUUUCAACUCUGCCCCUCCACUUGCCGCCCAUUUCAUGCCAGGCGCUGCGGCCUGAUCUUUCCUUUCACUUGCUUUCCUUCUGACCUGCCCCUUUCAAACCUGCUUGCACGUGGAAAGCAUCCAGGGCCCAAAAUGAGCUACUACGCCGAGAAUUGCUAGGCCAAAGGCUGACCGCCGACAAAUGUGCUUUCACCACCGCUGGAGAGCGCCAGCUGCUGGACAUCCAGUGCUCCAGAGGAGAGCUGCAAGCGGAAUGCAUCUGCAGGCUGUUCGGUUGAAUUGCAUUCAAAGACAGCCACGAAUGGACAGGAACUACGCAAGGCGAAAGCUGCGUGGGGAAAGCAUCCAGGGCCUCGGGGGAGGCGCUUUCCCUGCGCUCUUGCUUAAAGGCUGGGUUCGGAGGCUGGUACAGCGUCUACGGCCAUACUACCCUGAACACGCCCGAUCUCGUCUGAUCUCGGAAGCUAAGCAGGGUCAGGCCUGGUUAGUACUUGGAUGGGAGACCGCCUGGGAAUACCGGGUGCCGUAGGCUUUGCCUCCUUUUGCCGCUCAGCGGCCCCGCUUUCAACUCUGCCCCUCCACUUGCCGCCCAUUUCAUGCCAGGCGCUGCUGCCUGAUCUUUCCUUUCACUUGCUUUCCUUCUGACCUGCCCCUUUCAAACCUGCUUGCACGUGGAAAGCAUCCAGGGCCCAAAAUGAGCUACUACGCCGAGAAUUGCUAGGCCAGAGGCUGACCGCCGACAAAUGUGCUUUCACCACCGCUGGAGAGCGCCAGCUGCUGGACAUCAAGUGCUCCAGAGGAGAGCUGCAAGCGGAAUGCAUCUGCAGGCUGUUCAGUUGAAUUGCAUUCAAAGACAGCCACGAAUGGACAGGAGCUACGCAAGGCGAAGCUGCGUGGGGAAAGCAUCCAGGGCCUCGGGGAGGCGCUUCCCUGCGCUCUUGCUUAAAGGCUGGGUUCGGAGGCUGGUACAGCGUCUACGGCCAUACUACCCUGAACACGCCCGAUCUCGUCUGAUCUCGGAAGCUAAGCAGGGUCAGGCCUGGUUAGUACUUGGAUGGGAGACCGCCUGGGAAUACCGGGUGCCGUAGGCUUUUGCCUCCUUUUGCCGCUCAGCGGCCCCGCUUUCAACUCUGCCCCUCCACUUGCCGCCCAUUUCUUGCCAGGCACUGCUGCCUGCUCUUUUGAUCUUUUCAUUUGCUUUUUAAGAGCCAUGAAUGGACAGGAACUUCACAGUGUGAAAACUGCAUGGCGAAAUCAUCCAGGGCCUCAGGGGAGGCACUUUCCCUGCACUCUUUUUUAAGGCUGCAUUCAGAGGCUGCUGUAAGUCAUUGUAUAAAUCUAUGCUCAAAAUCAGUUGCAAGGAAAACAUGGGCAAAGAUAAUACCCCUAUGAUCAGAAUUAGGCAUUGUUGAAUAUAUAAGCAUUGUAAACACCAACUGAAAAAGACCACGUUUUUCCAGAUGCAAAUCAAUCAUUUUCAAUAACAGACUAUUUAUGGAUAUCCAGCGACUUGUUUCCUAAAGUAUCAAAAACGGAAAUUUGCCCUAAAAUAUGCUCUGAUUAUAAUGCAGUUUUUAUGGACCUGAACGUGUUCAUGCAGGGUUCCUUCAGAUAGAGAAUAAAUGAUGAUAUGUUGAGAAGUACUUCAAUUGUAAAUAAAGCCCAAAAAGCCCUAAAGGACUGUUUUGAACUAAGUGUGAAUUGGAAUGGAAACGAGAGUUAUUUGUGAUUCCAGCAAAGCAGAAAUUAGAGGAUUUCUUAUUCAACAAAAUUCAAUUAGGAAAAAGUCACAGAAUGAGAAAAAAGAUAAAAUUAUGGAGCAAUUAAAAGACAAAGAGAAGAAGCUUAGAGGAAAUCCAAAGAAUUUGCAGAUAUGAAAAGAAAUUAAAACCCUACACAUUCAAUAUUCACAGGUUGUAAAUCAAGAAAUAGAAUGGAAGUUAAGGAGGAUGAGACAAAGAAACUUUGAAUCUGCAAAUAAAUGUGGGAAACUUCUAGCCUGGCAAUUAAAAAAGAGACAAAAGCAAAGUACUAUCACAAGAAUUGUAACAGAAGGAAAAUCCGUAGAGAACCCUACGAACAUAAGAAAAUGUUUUUAUAAGUAUAACAAACAACUGUAUAGAAAAGAUAAAGAGGACCAGGCAAAAACUGAGCAAUUCAUUAAAACUAAUGGUUUGCAGAAUAUUCCAGAAGAUAAAAAGAUUUUACUAAAGGUACUAAUCACAAGACAGGAAGUGGAACAUGCAAUGCAUUCAAUGUAAUUUGGCAAGGCACCGAGGCCAGAUGGUCUAUCAGCAAAAUAUUAUAAGACAUUGAAAGAUUGGCUCAUUCAACCUCUGGUAAUCUGAUUUUACGAGGGGGCAAGGCACCUGAAACCUGGAAGGAAGCUUAUAUUACUGAUUCCCAAACAGGGUCAAGAUAGACCCAGUUUCAAGAACUACAGACCAAUCUCCUUACUUAAUGUGGUUUACAAAAUUUUUGCAAAUAUAUAUUUGCUAGCAGGCUAAAAUAAGUUUUGUCUGAGCAUAUACAUAAGGACCAGGCAGGAUUUCUGCCUGGAAGACAUAUGAAAGAUAAUAUUGGGAAUAUUAUUGAUAUUUUGGAUAAGUUGGAAGCAAGAAAGAACUGCAAAGCAAUGUUAAUGUUUAUUGACACAGAGAAAGCCUUUAACAAUGUAUCUUGGAGUUUUAUGUUACAUAACUUUGAAAGUAUGGGGGUUGGUCAAGACUUUUUAAAUGUUAUUGAAGUGAUCUAUCAAGAACAAAAAGCCAAAAUUAUUGUAAAUAAUGUGGUAUUGGAGGAAAUUAGAAUUGAAAACGGAAUCAGGCAAGGAUGCCCACUUUCCCCUCUGCUGUCUAUUUCAGUCCUAGAGGUCUUGCUAAGUAUGAUUAGAAAAGAUGAACAAAUUAAAGGUACAGUGGUACCUCGGGUUACAUACGCUUCAGGUUACAGACUCCGCUAACCCAGAAAUAGUACCUCGGUUUAAGAACUUUACUUCAGGAUGAGAAGAGAAAUCACGCGGCAGUGGUGUGGCAGCAGUGGGAGGCCCCAUUAGCUAAAGUGGUGCUUCAGGUUAAGAACAGUUUCAGGUUAAGAACAGAUCUCCGGAAUGAAUUAAGUUCUUAACCCGAGGUACCACUGUAUCACAGUAGGAGCCAAACAAUAUAAAUUAAAAGCCUUUACUGACGAUUUAGUAUUGACACUAAAAGAUCUAGACUCCAGUGCAGCAAAAGCACUGGAGCUGAUACAGGAAUUCGGACAGGUAGUGGGAUUUAAGUUAAAUAAGAGCAAAAUCAAAGUAUUAGAGAAAAAUCUGGAUAAUGACGAAAGAAAACUAUUAGAAGAAAAGAUUUCGUGAAAAAAGUUAAAUAUCUGGGGGUGAAUCUGGGGAAAAAUUGAAUUUGUACAAAGAUAACUAUGAGAAAUUAUGGAAUGAAAUUAAGAGAGAUUUAGAGAUAUGGUCAAAUUUAAAAUUGUCAUUAAUGGGCCGGAUUUCAGUGGUUAAGAUGAAUGUGUUGCCAAAGAUGUUAUUUCUGCUCCAAGCCCUCCCAAUCAUAGACAAUGUGAAAUGUUUUAAAGAAUAGCAAAAAGCGCUAUCUAGAUUUAUCUGGCAGGGGGGAAACCCCAGAAUUAAAUAUAAAUUACUUAUGAAUUCUAAAGAAAGGGGGAUUUCCCCUGCCAGAUUUGAAAAUCAACAACAAUCUUUAUUAUGGUCCAGAGACCCAACAAAUCAUUACAAAGCAAUACACAAUUCAUACAGCCUACCUCCAGGUUAAACAAGCAUUUUGUUCAGAAUGUAGGGAUCAUUGGUUCUUGCAACCAUCGAUAAAAACUUUGCCACUGCUAAUGUUCUAGCAUUUGUCCGGUCUUCCAAUAGGAACCUGACAUAGAGUGAGCCUCUGAUUUUCCCGGGAAAGGUACCAGCAAGGGUAGUAUCAGUUCAGCCCUGGCUUGCUCAUAUUUUGCACAGUGCAACAAAAUAUGUUUUAUGGAAUCGAUGUCUUGAGCACACGAGCAAAGUCUGUCCUGGUAGGGAACUCCUCUCAACCUGCCAUCCAACACUGCAGAAGGAAAGACGUUUAGUCUGGCUUUGUUGAAAAGCCUUCGAUAGUUUGGUACUGUCAGGUUUUUAAUGUAAGAUGUUAACUUAAAGACAUGCCCAUAUUGUACUCCUACUGCCAGCGGACUGUUGGGAUACUGCCAGGGAGAUAAAGUCCAUCAUGGCCCCCAAGCCGGCUGCCGGACGAUCCAUCGAUCUCCCGUAGACACGCAGUAUCAGCAAUUAGCGACAUGAGCUCCAGAACAUUCUAGAGCCAAUGCACACUCUUUAUCAGCAGAUAAUGCACAGCAGAAGUCGCACUCAGGAGAGCAUUAUUUACAAGUUUUAUUCAGCGUUGAUCAGAACAAAGAAAAACAUGACUGCCUGCUUCAGUGUCUACGACACAGAGAGAGAAACGAAAGCAAUAGGAAACAUAAACAUCCUGUGAACAGGAAAUGCGCAGACUCUGUGACUCACAAAGCCUGCUCCCUUUUAAGGUGGAACGGAAAUAUCCUAACAUCCUCCCCUUUCCGUGUAACCUGUAGUACCUGUGGUUCAACCCAAUUGCAACCUUUGUACAUAAACCUUAAGUUGUUCUCUGUUAACAACCUUAGACAACAGAUCAGCAGGAAUUUCAUUUCCUGGCAUGUAGGACACCUGAAUGAGUCCUUUCUGAAUACACUCUCUUGCACGAUGUAGCUUAAUCUGCAAGUACUUGGUUCUUUGCUUGCAACUCUCUGAGUUCAGCAAAGCCAAACACGAUCUAUUGUCUUGAUACACUUGUACAGGACAUUUCACAGAAACUCUGAUGUCCUUAAACAGUUGCAUCAACCAUUCACAAUCCAUGAGUGAAAAUGACAAAGCAUUGAGUUCUGCUUCACAGGAACUUAGGCUCACUGUCAUCUGCUUCCUGCACAGCCAGUCAAACAGACAGUGGUUGUACAUGUAGCAUACUCCAGAAGUGCUUGUACCAUCCGUGGUGUCACUUCCAAAACUUGCAUCUGCAAAGAUUUCAAGACCUCCAGUCUUCUGACUGGUGAACCUCAGCCUGUAGUGCAAAGUCCCUUUCAAAUAGCGGGCUAUGUGCUUCAGAGCUUUCCAAUCCUGAACAGUAGGAUUGUUAGCAUGUCUGCUAAGCAGGUUAGUGCUUACAGCUAUGUCAGGUCUUGAGCAUCUAGCAAUGAAAUUCAACUUGCCUAGAAUGCAUCUGUACAGCGUUGUGUCAGAAAACACUUCAGCAGUACUAUCUACCUGGUAACCUGUCACCAUCGGUGUGCCUGCUGGGUUUGCAUCAACCAAAUUCAACCUGGUUAAUACAUCAGUAAUUUUCUGUGUUUGGUGUACCAGAAAAUUACCUGCUUGGUCCCUCUCCACCUGCAGAGAAAGAUAGUUGGAUACCUCACCAAGAUCCUUCAUGUCAAAGUGCUCCUUCAGCUGAGCUAGGGUGCUUUGGUACAAAGCCUGAUUCUUCCAAAACAUCAGAAGAUCAUCAACAAAACAUAAACAAUACAGUUUGUUUUGCCCCUCCUCCUUGACAAACACACAUGGAUCAGCUUUGCCCUGGUGAAAACCUAGAGAAAGCAAUGUCUCAGUGAGUUUCGUGUUCCAACACCUGGCACUCUGCUUGAGACCAUAUAAGGAUUUCCGGAGUUUACAGACCAUUCCCUUCUGUAUCUGCAUCCCGUCAGAUGGAAGCAUAAACAGCUCCUCCCCCAAAAUCCCGUACAAAAAAGCUGUAUUAAUGUCAUGAUGGGAAACAUGCAGUUUCUCCUCCGCAGCGAUCUUGAGCAUCAGCCGAAUGCUCUCAUAUUUGACGGUGGGUGAGUAGGUCUCAUGGUAAUCCUGUCCUGGUACCUGUGAAAAACCUCUGGCAACCAAUCUGGCUUUGUGUCUGACAACCUUGCCAUUCUGGUCUGUCUUGGCCUUGAAGACCCAUUUGCUGCCAACCAGUCUCAUUCCUGGGACUACCGGUACCAGUUCCCAAGUUUGGUUCCUAUUCAAGGAAUCAACUUCAGCCUUCAUAGCAUUUAGCCAAGGUUCAGCAUCUUUAGAGGUUAACUCCUGAACCUCUUUGAAGCUUGAAGGUUCCCACACCUUCUCUGAGCUACUAAGAACAGCAGUUGCUGUCUCAGCAAACUCAUCAGCAAAUCUCUUUGGAGGUCUGCCCUUUGUGGCUCUCUCAGAUCUGCGUACUAGACGCAAGUCUUCUGGACUCAUCUCCUCUUUCUUAGGAGAAAAGUGACCAAUGGUGAAGAGUGGUUGUUCCAGUUCAUUGUCAGAUGCAUCAGAUGCUCUGACUGAGGCCUUUGCGCUCUUGUAGUCUGCUGUGUCAUCACUGUCACUGACAGCAGCAGCGCCGCUCACUGAGCUGGAAUCCGAACUCUGAUCAUCAUCAUCCUCAGCUUCCUCAACAUUAUCUGCUUUCUUCACAUCACCUUCAUCCUCUUCUGGGUAACUCUGGAAAAUUCCCACAUUUCCCCCCCACUUAGGAUUGUACUCAACACUCUUUGUGAACUUAAUGGACUUAGAGUCAGUCAUCCACACCCUGUAUGCUCCUUUUUCGUACCCCAUGAACAAACCAUGUGCCCCACGCUUCCCAAGCUUGUUGCUCUGUGGGGUGUGUACCCACAUGUCAGAACCAAAGAUUCUCAUGUGCUUGAUGUUGGGUUUCUUACCAAACAUCUUCUCAUAGGGGGUACAACCAAUAGGUGAUGACAAUCUGCGAUUAUAAGUGUAAACAAAAUUCGACAGAGCCUCCCCCCAAUACUUAUCAGGGAGAUUGGCAUCAUGCAACAAGGUUUUCAGUCCUUGCAGCAACGUUUGAUUUGCUCGCUCCGCAAGCCCAUUCAUCCAUGGCGAUCUAGGCGUUGACAUGUCAUGCUGGAUUCCCUUCUCAGUCAGGAAAGCUUCAAACUGCUGAGAAGUGAACUCCCCGCCUCGAUCAGUAAACAAACAACCAAUGCGUUUACCGUGAACAUUCUCCAACCAAGCACAGAAUGCCUUGAACUUAGGAAACGCUUGCGAUUUCUGCUCGGGCAUAAACACAUGAAUGUACCUGGAAAAAGAAUCAAUUAGAACCAUGAAGUACCUUGCUCCACCCAAAGAGGGCGCAAGUGGACCAACCAGGUCUGCGUGCACUAGCUGGUAGGGUUUGGAAGCCUGCCUGCUAGACUCCUUACCUUUUGGAGCAACCUUCACCUUGUUCUCUGCACAAGAUACACAUUUCAUGUGAAACUUACAGGGUUUGAUGUUCAAACCCUCAACCAUCUCUGGCAUCUUGGCCAGCGCCUUCCAAGAGAGGUGACAAAACCUUCUGUGUGCAUCAUGAAUGCAUCCUGCAUGAAGAACUUUGUUAGUUUGUGCAACACAACAAGAAUCAACAUUAGACACAACAGCACCAUUGUCAUCAUAAGUUAUACAGAACAAUCCAUCCAUAAACUUUGCAUGCAAAAUGUCCUCUUUGCCUUUCCUGAUGACACAGACGCUCCUCUUGAAGGAAAUCUCAAAGCCACGUCCAGUCAGCUGUGGGACACUGAGCAAGUUGUCUGCAGCACCUGGAACAUAUAGUACAUCUUUGAUGGUAGUGUGCAGACUUGCCAGUUUCACAGUCCCGACUCCUGCAAUUCGCAACGUCUUUCCAUCAGCCUGGUGGAUCUCUCCGUCUUGAGGUGUGAAGGAGAUAAAAAGAUGGCGGUCUUUCGACACAUGGUGGGUGCAGCCCGAAUCAAUAACAAACCUGGCCUUGGCUUUGGAGCAGCUCUUCCAGCAAGCAAAACCUUGUUUUCCACCAGCAAGCGUUUUAAUGUCCUCCAGAGAGACGGACAAGACUAUUACGUCUAUGGUCCUCGAAUUCUGGGCUCUCCAUCUAUCUGUCAGAGGAACUGGAGGGGCUUCAGACACAGUAUGCCACACUCCAAAGUGACACAGCAAACUCUCACACCACACAGCCCAGGUCUGAUAAUUGUGCCAAUUUAACUUUGGGCACUUAGUGCCAUCAUCUGAGGCUUGGAAAAACUCCAUUCCAGGUUUUUACUUGAACCGUGAGUCUAUUCACUUCAGCGACUUCUUAUCUUGGCAGCCAUAAAUCACGAAGCUUGCUUGGCGCAGCUCCCAGACCAAUUAGGCCAGCCUCACUUUCGCUUUUCCCACAUACCUCAACGCAGUCUGUCGCAGUCUUACUCUCCUGUAAGUGCCAUGAAUCUGGGCCCAUAACCUGUUGUUGGGAUACUGCCAGGGAGAUAAAGUCCAUCAUGGCCCCCAAGCCGGCUGCCGGACGAUCCAUCGAUCUCCCGUAGACACGCAGUAUCAGCAAUUAGCGACAUGAGCUCCAGAACAUUCUAGAGCCAAUGCACACUCUUUAUCAGCAGAUAAUGCACAGCAGAAGUCGCACUCAGGAGAGCAUUAUUUACAAGUUUUAUUCAGCGUUGAUCAGAACAAAGAAAAACAUGACUGCCUGCUUCAGUGUCUACGACACACAGAGAGAAACGAAAGCAAUAGGAAACAUAAACAUCCUGUGAACAGGAAAUGCGCAGACUCUGUGACUCACAAAGCCUGCUGCCUUUUAAGGUGGAACAGAAAUAUCCUAACACGGACUACAGACUGCAUGUGAUCGAGUCAUUAUGUGCAUUAUCCCAUAAUCUUUGCUUUAACAUCUUUUGGGCGCCUUCAUAACCCAGGUAAUACAUUUGGGGGGGUGACAGACCAAUAGAGGUGGCUUUUUAGCCAUGGUUUUCUGCCAUUUGCUGACAAAUUCCUCAUUGGUCAGGUGUUGGUACAAACCCUUCCCUAGAUCAAACACUGAAAUCCUGAGCCAAUGUUUCAGGGCAGCCCACCACACUUUAGUUGAAAUUGGGCAUUCACCAGCUUCUAACAGAAGUAUGGAGUUGGUGACACAGUUGGGUACCUGCAGCAGAGAUCGUAGAAACUUUGCCUGAAAGCCAUCUAGCUUUGGCAGGUCCCCAUUAUGCCAGACAUUUGUGUUUUGUUUUUUUUAAAAUGAUAUUUAUUAAAGUUUCCAAUAAAAACAGAACACAUCAGUAAAAGAAGAUUAAAAGUAAAAAGAAAAAUACACAAUACAGAAAUACACAAUACAAAAUGCAAAAAAAAAAAAACCAAAAGAAAAAAUUAAAAACAAUACCACCUUUUCAUCACCACUUUUGAAUUUACUUAUUUUCUGGACCUCCUCGUACCUCCAUCUUUUGUAUUCCAGUUCAAUUUGUUUGUCCAGCAAUUUCUUUCCCUCUUUUUUAAUCCCAAUCCUUAAUCUUAAUAUGGUAUAACAUUAAAUUCUUAUCUAUUAAUAGCCAAUUUGCCGUUCUUUUAACCUUUUUAUGCCUAAUCCUUAAUCUUAAUCUAUAUAUAACUUUAACGCCUGUACAGCUAGAAACCACUUAAUUUCAAUCCAUCAUCACUCUAACAUUCUUUGAUUUUGCAAUGUUUCUGUAGAUAAUCUUUAAAUUUCUUCCAAUCUUCUUCCACCGACUCUUCUCCCUGGUCACGGAUUCUACCAGUCAUUUCCGCCAGUUCCAUAUAGUCCAUCAGUUUCAUCUGCCAUUCCUCCAGUGUGGGUAACUCUUGUGUCUUCCAAUACUUUGCGAUGAGUAUUCUUGCUGCUGUUGUUGCGUACAUAAAGAAAGUUCUAUCCUUUUUUAACACCGAUUGGCCGACUAUGCCCAAGAGAAAGGCCUCUGGUUUCUUCAAGAAGGUAUAUUUAAAUACCUUUUUAAUUCAUUAUAUAUCAUUUCCCAGAAAGCCUUAAUCUUUGGGCACGUCCACCAAAGGUGAAAAAUGUACCUUCAGUUUCUUUACAUUUCCAACAUUUAUUAUCGGGCAAAUGGUAGAUUUUUGCAAGCUUGACUGGGGUUAUGUACCACCUGUAUAUCAUUUUCAUAAUAUUCUCUCUUAAGGCAUUACAUGCCGUAAAUUUCAUGCCUGUGGUCCAUAACUGCUCCCAGUCAGCGAACAUAAUGUUGUGACCAAUGUCUUGUGCCCAUUUAAUCAUAACAGAUUUCACCGUUUCAUCCUGAGUGUUCCAUUUCAACAGCAAGUUAUACAUCUUUGACAAAUUCUUAGUUUUGGGUUCUAACAGUUCAGUUUCUAAUUUUGAUUUUUCCACCUGGAAGCCAAUUUUCUUGUCCAAAUUAAAUGCCUCCAUUAUCUGAAAAUAAUGAAGCCAGUCUCGCACUUUGUUUUUAGUUUUUCAAAACUCUGCAAUUUCAGUCUAUCUCCAUCUUGUUCCAAAAUUUCCCAAUAUUUCGGCCAUUUGACCUCCAUAUUGAGUUUUUUCAAGGCUUUCACUUCCAUUGGUGACAGCCACCUUGGAGUUUUGUUUUCUAAUAAAUCCUUGUAUCUUAUCCAAACAUUAAACAGUGCUUUCCUGACAAUGUGAUUUUUAAAUGCUUUAUGUGCUUUGACCUUAUCAUACCACAGAUAUGCAUGCCAUCCAAAUACAUUGUUAAAACCUUCUAAAUCCAAAAUAUCAGUGUUUUCAAGAAGCAGCCAUUCUUUCAGCCAGCAAAAAGCUGCUGAUUCAUAAUAAAGUUUAAGGUCUGGCAGGGCAAAUCCACCUCUUUCCUUUGCAUCCGUUAGUAUUUUAAAUUUUAUUCUGGGCUUCUUGCCCUGCCAGACAAAUCUAGAAAUAUCUUUCUGCCACCUCUUGAAACAAUCCAUUUUGUCCACAAUUUGCAAAGUUUGAAACAAAAACAACAUUCUAGGCAAUACAUUCAUUUUUAUCGCAGCAAUACGGCCCAGCAGUGAAAGCUUCAAAUUUGACCAAAUUUCUAAAUCUUUUUUCACUUCAGCCCAACAUUUUUCAUAGUUAUCUUUAAAUAAAUUCCCAUUUUUUGCUGUCAUGUUAAUCCCCAGGUAUUUAACUUCCCAUUAUGCCAGACAUUUGCAGCGUACAGGAGUUGGGAAACGGGUUUUGCGUUGAAAACCGUUAAGGCUGCUGGAACAUAUUUGCCGCCCUUUGUGAAAAAGAAUCUGAGUAUGGCUAGCUUUGUGAUCUCCGCCUUUUGAAGGGAGGUUUGCCAGUGAUGCUUCCAAGAUCCUGUAUGAUGGAAUAUGAGCCCUAGAUAACUGAAGUAUUUGAUCUGUUCAAGGUUAUGGCCAUCCAGCACCAAUUUAGACCGGGAGAAGCUUCUUUCGAAAACAAGAAUUUUAGAUUUUUCAUAAUUAAUGGAUAAACCAUUUCCAGAACAGUAAUCAGAAAAUUUCCUCAGCAGUUAAUUCAACCAUGGUCUGGAACGUGAGAUGAUGGCUGCAACAUCGGCAUACUGCCUUUUUUUUGAGGCCAAAAGGGCUUUAUACUCUUUUUUGAUUUUGAGAUAAGAUGGAGGUAAGUAAUUUAGUCCAGCGUUUCUAUAGACCAAAUAAGCGUUCCUUAAGGCUUCCUUCUUUCCUUUAGCAGUGCGUGGCUUGCAGGCUGAGUUUAUGUUGACAGAGACCACAUCCUGCAAGGACUCAAUGAGAUUUUCAUACGCCGUCAGGAAGGAAUCUAUUGAUAAAUUGUUUAUUAUAAUUGAUCUUAACUUAAUUGCAGUUUAUGAAUUCAAUUUACUCUCAACUCAAUUGCUAUCUCAGGUGUCCAUUUUUUUUUUUACCCAAUGCUUGUUCAUUUGCUUUAUCUAUUUCCUCAUGUUCUAUGUAAGAGUGCUGAAUUGAGUUUUGGCCAGUAGUGGAGACGAUUAGAGGUAGGUGGUCACUUUCAGUCCUGUUAUCUAUGUUGAAUUUUUUAAUUGAUAUGAUUUGAUUUGAAAAUCUAUUUUGAAGCAGCUGCGCUUUGCUGGAUUAAAGAGUGGAUACAACUAGAGAAUACCAGUGUUUUAGACUUGGAGGGAUUUGACAAUGUGUUUGGAUGGCAUGCAUAUUUAUGGUAUGAUAAAUUAAAGGCCCAUAAUGCAUUUAAAAAUCAUGUAAUUAGGAAAUCGUUGUACAAUGUUUGGAUAAAAUAUAAAGAUCUUUUAGAAAGGAAGACGCCCAGAUGGCUUUCACCAAUGGAGGCGAAGGCCCAGAAAAAGUUUAAUAUGGAUAUCAAAUGGUUGAGAUAUUCAGAUUUAUUAUUGGAGGAUAAAGAAGGAUACAAACUAAAACCAUUUGAUCAAGUUAAAGAUAAGUUAAAUUGGCUACAUUACCACCAGAUUAAUGAAUUAUAUAAAUUAGAUAAGAAAAAUGGUUUUGCUUCUGAAAAAUCUAAGUUGGAGACAGAGUUGUUGGAUUCUAAAGUUAAAAAUCUGUCUAAAAUGUAUAUCUUAUUGUUGGAGUGGCAUACAAAGGAUGAACAAGUUAAAUCAGUGAUGAUAGAUUGGGCAGGAGAUGUAGGACAUAACAUAAUGCUUGAGGAUUAGGAAAUACUGGAAGAAAGGGGUCAAGUUCACUGCAUGUACAAUGUUAAAGGAAAACAUAAUGAAAAUGAUGUAUAGAUGGUAUCUGACUCCUGUUAAAUUAGCAAAGAUUUAUCAUAACUGUGAUAAUCUAUGUUGGAAAUGUAAAGAAAAAGAAGGUACCUUCUAUCAUAUGUGGUGGACCUGCCCCAAGGUGAAAGACUUCUGGGGAAAGAUUUAUAAUGAAUUUUAAAAAUGUUGAAAUAUGCAUAUAUAAAGAAACCAGAGGCCUUUCUUCUUGGAAUAACAGGUUUGGAAUUGCCCAAGAAAGAUGUUAAAUUAUUUUUGUAUGCCACAACUGCUGCUCGAAUCUUAUUAGCUAAGAAGUGGAAAAUGCAAGAAGUACCAACAGUGGAAGAAUGGCAGGUGAAGAUGAUGGAUUUUUCGGAGCUAGCCGACCUGACUGGAAGAGUCCAUGACCAGAAGGAGGAAGAGUACCAGGAAGAAUGGCCAAAAUUUAAUGAUUAUUUCGUUAAAUAUGUUAAGUUAAGCUAAUUGGAAAAAGCUUGCAAUUACCAGAUAGGCUUAGGAUUUAAAUAUGUAAUGUGAUGAAUUAAUAUGUUUAAUGCUGAAUUGGAAAGAAAGAAAGAAAGAUGUUAAUUUUAUAAGAAUACUGAUUUGGAAAACCGUUAAAAUGAUAUGCAUUGAAAUUCAACCAGGGGGAUACAAGGAAGUCACUUAACAAUGUUAAUAAGAUUAGUUUUAAUAAGGUUAUGAUUUAUGUCUGUUUGUGUGUUUAUAAUUUUGUGAAAAUCAAAAAAAAAUUGGGGGGGGAAUCAGACUUCAAAGUCUAUUCAGUGUUUAAGCACAUACAAAUUUAUAAUCAAGUAGAAUGAGCCUUGACCAUCCCUGUAAAUAAAGGGCAGAGAAUUUUGUCUGCAAAUGGUACGGCUGAAAUGACUGAGAAUGUUAAAGAUCUUAUGAAUUCUGACUCUCUGGCCAUUUUUACCCAUACAUAAGGGAGCAGAUGAUUGUUUUGCGAAUGACACAAUAAUGAUAGCCCACAUUUUUUUAAUAGACACCCGCACCCCAAAUUCCUGUACAUAAAGGAGGCAGUACUCCCAAUUUCCUUUGCCUGGGCUGCAGGUGUGCAGGAAAUAUGAUUAAUUAGUACUGAGUUAACAAAUUUAAUUUGACCAACUUCUAUUGCUGGCUUUGGUGAAAACAUGAAUUGCUGAGUUUAAUGCUAACCCUAUUUUUAAAUAUUACUUACCCUUCCCUUUACUCAAAUGGUAAUUUAGCCAAAAGAUGCAACACUUUUAAUGGUAUAAUAGAUUUGCUGAAACAUGAACUCUGCACAUGCACAGAGGCUAUGUCAACUUAAAAGAGGUGGGGAGAGAGCUGACUGCAGGGAGAAAUUCAUGCAAAUUUCUUUAUGUAAAACUUGGAACCGUUCAGGAAAAACACCCUUAUGUGCCCUUUGCUCCAGGCACUACUUAAGAAAAAACACAAGGGUUAAGUACUGGACCAUCAAAAGUUAAGAGGUUGCCAAGGUCCAAAUCUAACAUGCCCAAUUUUUCCCACAGGUAAAUAUCAGAGCACUCCCACUUUGAGUUCCUCUCUUAAGUAGUGUUUUUUAAAAAAUAAAUUUUAUAACAGGUUUUGUUUUGUGUGUAUAUGCCUAUGCAUUUUAGAAACAGCAUUUCCUGACAGAGUUUCACAUGAAAUUUUUUUACCUUUCAACAGAAUACGUGAACCUCUAAGAAGACUCAACCCCACUAACAAAGUGUUUGUCCCUUCUUUUCUCCCACAGCACCAAAAAACAAAAAUACAGUGGUACCUCAGGUUACAGAUGCUUCAGGUUACAGACUCCGCUAACCCAGAAAUAGUACCUUGGGUUAAAAACUUUGCUUCAGGAUGAGAACAAAAAUUGUCCGGUGGCAGCGCAGCAGCAGCAGCAGCGGGAGACCCCAUUAGCUAAAGAGGUACCUCUGGUUAAGAACAGUUUCAGGUUAAGAACAGACCUCUAGAAUGAAUUAAGUUCUUAACCAGAGGUACCACUGUAAAAAAAUGAGGGGAUAUGCUUAAAGGCUGCGUUGGGAGACUGGUGCAGUGCCUACGGCCAUACUACCCUGAACACGCCUGAUCUCAUGUGAUCUUGGCAGCUAAGCAGGGGCAGGCCUGGUUUGUACUUGAAUGGGAGACCACCUGGGAAUACUGGGUGCUGUAGGCUUUUGCUUGCUUCUGACGGUCGGCGGCCCGCUUUGAACUCUUUCCCUCCACUUGCCAUCCAUUUCAUGCCAGUCGCUGCUGCCAGUUCUUUCAAUCUUUUAAUUUGCUUUCCUUCUGACCUGCACAUAGCUGUCAACCUUUCCUUUUUUUUGCGGGAAAUUCCCUUAUUCCAGUGCCAUUUCCUGCUGCUGUCCCGGAUGGUUAGAUAUCUCGUAGACUGUCCCUGGGACAGGUGAGGCUGCUGAUCCCUUAUUUUCGAGGCUGCUGAUCCCUUAUUUUCAAAUCUGAAAUUUGACAGCUAUGGACCUGCACCUUUCAAACCUUUGGCAUGUUCAAAGAAGCACAUGAGAUAGGUGCUAGAUAUUACCACAAUUAUUAUAAUAAUACAAAUUGCAGGAGGCAUUAGAUUAUUUUUUUUUACAUUUAAGCUUCUGACUCAAUUCUAUGGUUCUAAUUUUGUCUCAGGUGCCGUAAUUUCUUCUUUUCAAUAGCUCUAGUUAUUCGCAGGCUUUAACCACUAGAGGGUGCUGUUGACUGAGUUAUAUUAGAAAAGUGUCAUCCAUAAAAAUGUUUUUAAGAAUAUAAGGAAAGCCUGUUGGAUCAGACCAUCACCCAUCUAGUCCAGCAUCCUGAUCUCAGAAUGGCCAACCAGAUACCUUUGGGUAACCACCAAGUAGGAUUGAUGCAGAAGAGCACUCUCCACUGCUGUGGUUUCCAACAUUUAGUACUCAGAAACAUUCCUGCCUCCAACAGUGGCAGCAGAUCAUAGCCAUUGCAACUAGUAGCCAUUGAUGACACUUUUCUGCAUCUGCUUCAAUGCAGUUUUCACAAAUUAUUGAAACUCAGAAAAAGUGAAGAAAUCCAUUCUGGGUCAGAACUGAUGAAGAACCUCUUAUUGCGCAGCUCACUUUACAAAUUAAGAAUAAAUAAUGGCCAUGUUUUCAAAACUUGUUAGUGUGGUUUUCUUUAGACUUCAUUUAUGGAGGGGAGCAAAACCACCUCAUGAAGUAUGCGUUUUUAAAGUUGAAUUAAGUAAAGACUGUUUUCUAGCAGACAGAAUCCAUAAAUAGGGUCAUUUUGUACUAAAAGCAGUAUCUCUGAAUCUUUCAGCCCAGGAAGUUAUGUGAUCCACGUAGAACACCUUAUUCCCUUUAGGUAGCUGAAGAUUAACAGAGCCCUGUCAGUUUACACCUUCUGCUUUCUAUUACCCAAAGGCAAGGUUACAGUUGCUAGGGUAACCUCAUAACAACUGUGUGCACCCAUCUGCAUAGGAUUUACUUUCUCUAAUUAAAAGUCCAUGGAGUUGAUCCAUGUCCUGACAUAUUAGAGGUCACGUCCCUGUUCUGUUAGAUAAGCAUAUACCAUUCUUUGGUCUGGUUAUGAUGGGAAGGUUGGCAUCUCACUUCAAUGUUAUUGAUUGGAAAGAAGAAGAAUCCAGUACUGGGGUGAGCUAGUGAUUAUCCCCUUCUGAUUUGUUCAUACUCAGAGGGAGAUGAAUAAGAUAACACCCACUGUAAUACUCUUUGUCUAUAUUUCUCCCAUGGCUUAUUUUUCGUUAAGAGAAUAUGUAAUGCUCAAAUUAGAUCUUAGCAUUGCUGAAUAUUUCUCACUCUACAUUUCUGCCCAUUUAUCACUUCCCCCAUUUGUUUAAAAGAUUAUUCAGUUAUUUUGCUUAUUUUGCUUAAGGACUCAGAGUGGCCGCCAAAUAACCCCAUGAGUAGAAUGUAACCCCCCCCCCCAAAAAAAAAGAAUCCAGGGAACUAUAGUUUAAGGGUGCUGGAAACUGAAGGGUGGGUAAACAACAGUUCCCGGGAUUCUUUGGGGGGGCAUGGGGACUGUGCAUCUUGUUGAAGCAGAAAUACUACUAUAUUAUUAUUAUUAUUAUUAUUAUUAUUAAUAUGCAUUGACAUUAAUGGUCAAAGGAGGGACAAAUAUUAUAGUGCAUAUCAGUAUAGGUUCAGGGGAGCAGAAUGUAGCAAUGUAAUUUCUGUAUUUUUCUUCACUACAUUUAUAAAAGCAUGGAGUAAGAAACAUUUGUGCAAUCGUUUCCUCCGUGUGCCACACCCCUACAGCAAAUGCAAGGGAGUCCUGCUGCUUGCUAAUGUUGGCUUCUCUAAUGAGAUUGAUGCAAGUGCUGCAGGGCUGCAUGCAGACGAAAUGCGUAUUCUUUAGGCAUGCAGCUGAAAGGAAAAGUGCUGCUUCAGCCAUGCUCAGCACAGUUUUCUCAUCAGGAGGAUGAGUUGCUUGAUCAUGUAAUGCAGUUUAACAGGUUGGCAAGUGCUGUGGUCCCAACUUACCUGUGGUGCUCCCAGAGUCCUAGAGGCUGAAGAUACAUUUAUUUAUCUUUUUAAUUUGUUUAUUCAUAAUUGUACAGGUGGGUAAUGCAAUUAUUUGGCAGCAAGUCAUUGUAGUCCUGAAGCAGCAGCAGAGGGCCAGGUUGGGCAAGGUGGUGGUGUGCCUAGUCCUGAUCUGGUGCCAGACAACGAAUCCUCAGAGGAGGAACAGGACACCCCACAUCUGAAGGACCAGGCAGGGCACCCUGAGUCCAGUGCUGAAGAUCCCCUUGAUAGGACUUCUGGGUUGAUACCUGAGGAAGAACCUCUGGGCGUGUCAGAGGAGGUUCUUGAGAGUGCUGGUGCCAGCAGAAGAACAAUGGCACAGUGUGUAUCUACAGGCCUAGAGUCAGAAGCCUACUCAUGAGGAAGAUGUCUUUUCAUGAGUAAGCAAUCUCUGAUACUUCUUCACUGCUAGCAGCUGUGGUUAUAUGUCCCUGAGGUAUGCUUAGCCUGUACGAGAAACUUUUAGUGUUGCUACACCAGUUCUCUGGAAUCAAUCCCUGCACUUUGAUGUAAAGGGGCCUUGUGCUUCACUUUGUGUAAGGGGAAAGUGCAAGCCAUUUCCCAUCAUGCCUCCAUAAAAUAAAAAGGGGAUCCUUUGGUAGGUGUAAUUGAUGAGAGGGUACAACAUUUUUCAAAAGUCACACAGGGAGCUGCCCAGGAAUACAUUGUAGGGUAAAUACAGUGGUACCUCGGGUUACAUAUGCUUCAGGUUACAGACUCCGCUAACCCAGAAAUAGUACCUCGGGUCACGAACUUUGCUUCAGGAUGAGAACAGAAAUUGUGUUCCGGCGGCACAGCGGCAGCAGGAGGCCCCAUUAGCUAAAGUGGUGCUUCAGCUUAAGAACAGUUUCAGGUUAAGAACAGACCUCUGGAACGAAUUAAGUACUUAUCCCAAGGUACCACUAUACAGGACUUUCACUUUUAUCAGAAUAAAUUAUCAGUUGAAUUGGAAUGGGGGUUGACUUCCGCAGGUUAUUCUUUUUCCUGCUAUAGCUCCAAGUAAAUUCUAGUUAUAUCAGUGAAUUUUACAACAUAAAUAUUGUGAAACAUAUUAUACUGUACCCAUCAAGAAAGAUAUUUAUAUUUUCCAGUAAUUAUAUAGUUAUAAAACACCACCAUUAUGUAGUUACAGUAAUAGCUGCUUAAAUUGUUCAGAAAUUGCUCCCUAUUCUCUAACAAUGACAGGCUCUGAACAAAAAUGUAUAAGUUGAUAUUGCAAGUGUGUUAUCCUGAAAUAACAGCCUUUUACUUCAUCAAGCAAAAAAUUGCAAAGGUUCCAGCCACACCUUUCUGAAUAGUUCACCUUUGUGCAAUUCAAAUCAAAAAGAUUUUGGUGUUAAUUAUUUAUUCCCCGCCCCUUAAGUGCAUGUGAUGGCAUUGACUACAUUUCUAGGUAUCCAAAUAAUAAAUGUUCCAGAUACUAAAUAAUAGUUGUUUCCUUCUUCAUUCCUGACCAGGAUUUACUAAGGGUAGAUCCUUCAAUGGAAUUUUCUUUCUUUGUUCUCCUUUGGUAUAGAGUACCAGGUGGCAGUCACCAGGGCCAUUAUAAGCCAAAUCUGAAUCCUAUGGGGAAAACCAGGACAAAGCUGGAAUGUAAACAUAUAGUUAAAGGAUGCAAUCCUAAACACAGUUACUAGGGAAUAAAUCCCAUUGGGAAAUACCUCUGACUAAAUAUGCUUAAAAAUAUGCUGGACAAGUCUUUUCAGAGUCAGCACUAGGACUUUCUCCUGGCAGAUAACAGCUGACACGGUACCAAGGAGUCAGGAUAGGCAAACAGGAAGAAGGCUGGGAUCUCAGAACAGGCAAAUGGACAAGAUAAGAAUAAAGAAUUUAGAGCUUGCUCAGAGAGGAAAAAAUAACAGUUAAUAUGAUUCACAAAGGAACUGUCCAGCCUGCAAGUGGUUUGUUCCUACUUCCUUUUGGAGGGACUUGUGGAAGGCUGAAGGAAACUAAAACAGGACUCAGUUUGGGUCAUUUGGACUAACUUUGCUUCAGUUCAAGCAGGGCAGUUCUGCUGAGCAGUAAAUUAUAUCCAGUUAGGAAAAUCUCUUAGUUUAAGAAAAUUGAAGAGUGCAAGAAUAAUACCUUAAAAAACAACAACAGUUGAAACAUAUCCUUGAAGCAGUUUUUAGAUUUUGAUACCAUGGACUAAAACUCUCAGGCUGAAACUAAGUAAAUUAAAGAUGAAACAUCAUGAUGGGUGUGGAGAAAGGGGAGGUGCAGCUAAUGUUCAGUGAUGUAUACCCCAAAGUCACUGUGGAUAAGAUUGCAGCCUCAGUAAUUCCAGUGUAAUUCCAGUUUUAUUUCUUAUUUUUCUAGCCUGUUGCAGCUGCACAUUGCUGUUUUUAAUAUUUAAUAAUAUUUAUUCUGCAUAUUAUUCAACAUGCAACAUUAUAUUAGUUAAUAUUUAAUAAUAUUUAUUUAAUAUUAAAUAAUAUUUAUUUUGCAUAUUACUGUGUCUUUUAGGAUAUGCACUGCCUCAUGACUUUCAUAAAGAGGUGGUAUAGAAAUGUAAUAAAUAAAGCCCUUCCAGUUACUGAAAGGGGAAAAUAGAAAUGCUUCUGUUGCAUUACAUGAUCAAUGGGUUAGUAGUAAGACUGAAUAAAUCAAAAGAGUGAAAUCUUUCCAUGUGUACUCUAUCAAACCAUGUUUAUUACAUCAACCUCAAAGUAUCCAUGCAGCAAUACUGUGGUUCACACAGGCAUAUGUAUUCACAUGAUUUAUUUACACUUGAUUGCAGGCAGCUGAGAGUCAAAUGGAACAUGGUGGCUGCCAUGGGUUUCUUUUAAUGUGCCUGCCCUCUUCGCAUAUAAAUGAGGAAGUUGUGGUAUGCCUUACUUUAACAAUAACAGGAGUGUGUAGAAUAGUGUGCUGGACUUUUACCCAUUCCCAUGCAUUACUUCCCAUCAGUCUGUUGUUUUAGACACUUUCCACAGUUCCCAAUACUGGAGCCAAGAAGUGAGAAAAGUGCCUGGAGUAUUGAAGGUGAGGUACUGGUUGGGGUGAGGAUUCGUGUUUAAUCGACUUGGUCAUGUACACAGAAUAGAAGAUGGCAGGAUCCCCCAAGACGUGCUCAGCGGGUACUGGCUUCAGGACAAGACCUGUUGGCAGACCAACUCUGUGUUACAAAUAUGUCUACAAGCAUGACAUGAAGGCUGGCAACAUUAACCCCGCCAUAUGGGAAUCCCUGGCAGACAAUCACAGUUCCUGGAGACAGACAGUCAGUUUGUGUAUCUUCAGCAUGGACCAUAGGAGGCAUGACUGCCAAAAGGAAUACAGAGAAGAAAUGCCAUGGUGCACCUGUAGCAGGAAAAUCGGACCCCUUCAUCUGCCCCACCUACAAUAAAAUAUAUCUCUAUUGUAUUGGUCUAUACCGCCACAGCAGGCGCUGUAAGUCUCCAACAGUUUGACUUUAUCCCUGAUGGCACGCUCUUCCAUUGUCUCCAGAGACAGAUGAAUGCCAACAAAUAUAUGGGGUGCGUUAUAUGGGGUAUAGGGACGCGGGUGGCGCUGUGGGUAAAACCUCAGUGCCUAGGACUUGCCGAUCAUAUGGUCGGCGGUUCGAAUCCCCGCGGUGGGGUGAGCUCCCGUCGUUCGGUCCCAGCUCCUGCCCACCUAGCAGUUCAAAAGCACCCCUAAGUGCAAGUAGAUAAAUAGGUACCACUUUAUAGCGGGAAGGUAAACGGUGUUUCCGUGCCCUGCGCUGGUGCUGGCUCGCCAGAGCAGCUUCGUCACGCUGGCCACGUGACCCAGAAGUGUCUGCGGACAGCGCUGGCUCCCGGCCUCUUAAGCGAGAUGAGCAUGCAACCCCAGAGUCUGUCACGACUGGCCCAUACAGGCAGGGGUACCUUUACCUUUACAUUUAUAUGGGGUAUGGGGGGGUGCGUUAAUGAUAACCCAUCAUGUCUGGUUUGGUCCCGAGUGUGUAAACUGUUUCCACUGAAAAACAUUGUUUGAGGUGAUGUAAAAGAUCUCUCCACAGUGGGUCUCUCAUGACCCAGGCCAGCCUUUCUGUCCAUCUAACCCAGUAUUCUCUAUUAUAACUGGGCACAUCCAGGGUGCACCCCAGAAUUGUUUGUGUGCUACACUCAGUAAAGAAUCUGUGGGCUUGCUUGGGAAUUAUAGCUUUUGGGAAUUUGAAACUUUUCAUGACAUUUCUAGGCCUCAUGGUUUUGGACAAACGUCUGAAAGUGUGUGUUGAAAGCACUGAAACAAGUCAUUAUCCCAGUGUGCCACAGCAGAUACCACCUCCUUCUCUGUCUUCCACUACUCUAAUCCUUGUGAAAAUAUUCUGUUAAAAUCAUAUUCUUCUAGUAAUGGUAAACAAUGUAUCCCAUAGCAGGAUUUGUGCCUCUUUGGUGCAAGAGAUGGAGUUACUUUGUCCAAAAUGAGAAAUAGAUAUAGAUAUAGAUCAGGAGUAGGCAACCUAAGGCCCGGGGGCUGGAUGCGGCCCAAUCGCCUUCUCAGUCCGGCCCACAUACAGUCCAGGAAUCAGCGUGUUUUUACAUGAGUAGAAUGUGUCCUUUUGUUUAAAAUGCAUCUCUGGGUUAUUUGUGGGGCAUAGGAAUUCGUUCAUUUUUUAUUUUUAUUUUCAAAAUAUAGUCCAGCCCAUGGUCUGAGGGAUGGUGGACCGGCCCACGGCUGGAAAAGGUUGCUGACCCCUGAUAUAGAUGAUUAUAGACUAUACCUAGUGUCCUUUCUCUAAUAAAGUUGCCCCUCUUUCCUAUCCGUUCAUUACCUCUGACAGGCAGACUUUAUAAUCCAGAGAACAAGGCAAAGACAAUGCUUGCAGAACUGGCUGUUUUCUCUCCUCAGUGCUGUCAGAGCAGUGCAGACAGCCUGGCCCUUUAAUUAGGCCAGGCUUGGAGCUGCUUCGUUUCCUUGCAUCUGGCUGGCACUGAGGAAGUAGAGAUGUAGCCACUACGGCAUUGAGGCAGCCAGUACUAGAGAGAGUCUGCAGCAGAGAGGGAGUGUGUAUGUGUGAGUGAGCAACCGCACAGGGAAUCUGACAGUUUCCCUCUCGAAAGGGAGAAGACAGAGACUGAGAGGUUGGAGAAACUAGGCUUCUGGUAACUCUGGAUGCCAGGAUCCCAUCCAGAAAUGUGCUGAUUUUUCAUCCAUAUUAAUUCAUCCCAAACCAAGCUGGUUAAAACAGCAGACGGUGUGUCAUUCUCCAGGUAAGCCCUUAAUGCUCAGUUGUGUGUUGGGUAACUUUAUAGGGCAAGAAAAGAGUGGGAGAUUGGGUGAGGCCGAGUAGCAUUGGAGGCAGUGACUGUAUGGGACCCUGGCUCUUUAGGGGGGGGCAGGCACCCCUUGAGUAUAAGAUGUGCCCAGCCAAUCCCUGAGCAAGGAAUAACUUUAGCCUGCUACUGUUUCCCAUAUUUUCUCUUAAAUGAACAAAUGGACAAAAUCUUUUGCUUUGUUAUAAAGCAGAUCUUGCUUAUUUGUCUUGAUGACCGAGAAACCCAUAUUGCAGGUAUGUGACCCACAUUUUGUGAAUGUGAAAGGGAGCAAACAGAACAUGGCACACCAAACCUUUCAGCUGUCUUGACUCCUGCUCCUGCUGCAUCACUAACAGACCUGCACUUAUGUAUUGAACAUGUAUCAUAUUAAUUAUUUACUGUAACUCAUCAUGGUAUAUUAGCAAAUGUUCCCAACCCUCUGUUGUUAAAAGUAUUCACCUGGGGGCAAACAGGACUGGUUUAGUUUUAAUUCUGCUCCACUGUUUUUGAAAAGAAGUAGGGGUAAGGAGUGCUGGAGGUCUCACCCCCCCCCCACAAGCUAUUGGAUUGGAGGUUUCACUUGACUAUAGGGGUUUUCCCAGUUUUGGGGACAACUGAUAUAUUAGGCUGAAUUUUUCAUGUGAUCAAAUACAUUGUAGUCUUAGUAAAGGUGAGCGUCUAUCAAAUUGCUCCAAGAAGGUGAGUGAAAGGAGUCUCUCCUUUAUUUCAUUCUCUGAACUUUUGUCUAUUUUAUUUAAUAUAUUUCUUUUCAAGACAAAGAAGCCCGCUCUGGAUGGUUUGCCAUAAAAACAAAACGGUAAAAGUAUAAAAUACAAUUGACCAAAACAGUAGCAUACAGUAAAAACAUUUUAAUCAAUGAAAAAUUUGUCACAGAACAGCAGUUUAUAAGAUAUUAACCAGCUUUCUCAUAGCAUCACAGCCCAGAGUGAGUUUGGGCAUUUCAUUAGGUUUGUGGGUUCUAGAUCAAAAUUUAAAUUUCUUGUCUGCAUGGCAAGACUAAGACUAUUGUAGGCAGUGAACCCCAGCAGGAGGCUUCAUCUUAAUACCUAUUAUAAUUAUUUAUGUCAUUUGCACCAGUAAUCUGUUUUCCCAUUUUAGACCUCUUGUCCUGGACCGGAGAGAGGAUCUCAAGAGUGCGUGUAAUAAUUCAGUUGGCAUAACCUCAGAAGUUGUGGGAAGGGGUGUGACAUGAGAGGGGGGUAGCUUAGUGUAAUAAGGGCAGUCUCCGGACAGCUAGUGAAGUAUCUCAGAUAAUCCUAUUUAGAAUAAUGUCCUUAUAUUCCAGUUCUGAAAAUACAACUCCAUUCAGUUUGCUCUGUUGGCUCAUUAUUUCUGACUCUGCUCCAGCUUUCAGCUACCAGGAAGUUGGGUGAGAAUGUUUGUCACAUCUCUGUGAGCUUUUCACAACUUCUCCAGGUUUGCCUGCAGGUACUAACCUCUACUGUCCAUGCUUCUGCUUUUGUCUUGUCUUGGGUAGGUGGUGGUUUAUGAAAGUUUAAACAUUUGCAGCAAAGAGAAUGGUCUGAGCAUGUCAUGGUCCCUUUGAACUCCAUGAUUCUGUGUGUUAGGCUUCUGCAGCUAAGCAGAAGUAGAUCUGGUUAGCAGUAGAUGGGAAGCUGCCUGGUAUCCUAUGCAUGCUGUGAUCAGCUCCUUGGAGCAGGGAUGGAGAACCUGUGGCAUUUGCUGGACUACAAUUCCCAUCAUCAAUAAAUCAUUUUAUUUGUAGGCCUCCUUUCCAAAGUUAGAAGCUCAAGGCGGCUUACAGCAUGAAAAUUAAUUACAACCACAACAAAGGCAGUCAUAAACAAUAAGUAAAACAUCAAAAGGUAUACAACCAAACUGAACAAUUUCCACAUAAAUCUAAAGAUGAUCUAAAAUAAAGAUACAACAAACUAAUAUCAAUAACAGCAACAACCCCUCCUCAACAAACCCCCCUAAACAAUACACCCCAAAAGUCAUCUUUGAUCAUUGGUCAUGUUAGCUGGGGCUGAUGGGAGUUGACAUCUAUAGGGCCACAGGUUCCCCACCACUUCCUUUUUAGGGAAGCCUUUAAUGUUUAACAGACCACUGUACAGUGGUACCUCUGGUUAGGUACCUAAUUCGUUCCGGAGGUCCAUUCUUAACCUGAAACUGUUUUUAACCUGAAGCACCACUUUAGCUAAUGGGGCCUCCUGCUGCUGCCAUGGCGCCGGAGCACAAUUUCUGUUCUCAUCCUGAAGCAAAGUUCUUAACCUGAGGUAUUAUUUCUGGGUUAGCGGAGUCUGUAACCUGAAGCGUAUGUAACCCAAGGUACCACUGUAUUUUAAUACUUUGUUGGAAGCCACCCAGAGUGGCCGGGGAAACCCAGCCAGAUGGGUGGGGUAUAAAUAAUAAAUUCUUAUUCUUAUUAUAUUACUAUUAUUUGUUCACAAAUACAGCCAGGUUUCUUACCUAACAUAUGUGUCAGUGCACUAUAAAAUGAUUCAGAAAUGUAUGAAAACAAAUAGCAGAAGCAGUAGAUGAUAUGAAAGAGCCAGUGUCACUCUUGGAUAAGGCUCCACUAAACAAUCAUGAUGUCUGUGUAUGGCAGGCUGUGGGGCCACUACAACAAAGUCCUGUUCUGGGCACUGCUAGAUCUUUUCGAAUGAAGGUACCUGGUGUAACGCCUCUACAGAAUAUCUCAAAGAUGAGGGGGAACUAUUGUUUAAAUAACAGAUUUACUGUCAAAAACCUUUGCUAUGGAUCUCUUUUAGCUACUGCAUACAGACAAAAAAGAGUCAUUAAAAAGACCAAAGAUUUUAAAGAGAACUGUACAGGUGAUUAUGUUCCCAACACAGGGCUUAUCCACACUUACCUUUUGCUCUACUCUGGAUCUUUCCCUACAAAAAACUGCUCUUUAAUGCUGAAUCAGUGUAAACAGUAAUUUCGGUUUUCCACAUAUUACCAUUUGCUCCAAUAAAACUUAAGAGAGCAGGUUUUCACAGGGAUAGCUCCAGAGAGAAAAAAGGGGGGAGGGGAGGUAGUCUGACAUGGAGCUUUAAAGUGCAGACAGAGCCUAGAAAGAGCAGAGGAAGCUAGGUGCAGAAAAGUCCUUAGUUUAGUUGCAGCAAUUCUUCUAUAUUGCUACAGCCAUGCUAUUCCGUUGUGGCAAACUCAUACAAAAGAUCCUGGAUUCAAUUCCAAGGAUCCCCAAGCAAUGUUGGGAAUUGUGCCCUGCCUGAAAUGCUUGAGAGACACUGUACAGUGGUACCUCGGGUUAAGUACUUAAUUCUUUCAGGAGGUCCGUUCUUAACCUGAAACUGUUCUUAACCUGAAGCACCACUUUAGGUAAUGGGGCCUCCCACUGCCGCCACACCACUGCCGCGCGAUUUCUGUUCUCAUCCUGAAGCAAAGUUCUUAACUCGAGGUACUAUUUCUGGGUUAGCGGAGUCUGUAACCUGAAGUGUAUGUAACCUGAAGCGUAUGUAACCCAAGGUACCGCUGUAUAAUCAAUAAACACACGAGACGUAACCGGCUGUGUUCUUAGAUAAAUAAGGUAUACUGUUCAUGUAUCAAAUCAUAAAUUUCAACCGAAGUAACUCAUAAAGUUCAACAAACGAACAAAGCAGAAGACCCAGUGGAUCAGAUCAUUCUCUAAUCAGUUCAUGCAUAAGGUCCAUCUGUGUAAUAGUGUCUAUUCCACCUGUCUGUUCAUAAGGUCUAAACAAUCCACAUGAAAGGUUGUUGCUGUUCCACAGAAUCCUUUCACAGAGUCUAAGACAAGGAUUUCCAGAAUAUUGGCCUUGUUUCGCCAUCAUCAGUAGUUAAAGUUCAUAUGUGAUAUUACAGGACAGUGGCUCUUAUGGCAUAGUAGUAGCUGCUACUACUAUGAAAGGAUUCUGUGGAACUGCAACAACCUUUCAUGUGGAUUUUUUGGACCUUAUGAACAGACAGGUGGAAUAGACACUUACAUGCAUGGACCUUAUGCAUGAACUGAUUAGAGAAUGAUCUGAUCCACUGGGUCUUCUGCUUUGUUAGUUUGUGGAACUUUAUAUUGAAAUUUAUGAUUUGAUACAUGAAUAGUAUACCUUAUUUAUCUAAGAACACAGCCAGUUAUGUCUUGUGUGUUUAUUGAGUAUGCUUUACGUGACCAUAGGCUAGUUUGUUGUUGUUUUUGAGAGACACUGUACACACAAUUGGAGAAGGUGUCAGUUUUUAAGAAUGGGACACUUAUUUUCUACCCUGUUCACAUGUACACACACACAUGAACACACACAGCCACCACCCCUGGAUACAAUGGGAAGAGGAUCUUUUGCUAGGGAGAAAGUAGCAGAAAUCCAGGGUUGUUUGUUCUUAUAAUAUUAAUAAGAUUGUAGGCUGCUGCAUUCCCAGAAACUAAGAAAGGAUGGGGGGGGGGAUCACAGGGUGCUAACCUGUGGAUCUGUGUUUAUUCAUUACAGACUGCCUCACAGCUACCUGCAUAAAACAUAAAGACCAGAUGGGUCUUGUUUACUUUGGUAAGAUAAAUAUAAAGGUUACUGAUGAUUUAAAAGAAGAAAAAAGCAGGCAGUGAGAAGUCAUUGGUAAACAUGAAGCUGCAGCCAAUCAGUGUCAUGGCAGACAGAAAUAACACAUGCAUUGCGCAUGAAACCAUAAGGUCUUGAGUAGGCAAGGAGAGGCUUUGAGUCAUGAUCCAUAUUCCAUGGCUUCCUGCGGAUUCAAAUGGUUUGAUGUAGCUGGUGGUGAGCUCUGAGAAUGAGUAGGCUCAGCCAAAACCUAGUGGUCAGUGGCAGUUCUCAGGGUUUGGGGAAAUACGCACCCUGUCGUCAAUCUCCUGUCUUAUUACUGUUUUGAUUGUUGCUGUUCUGGAGAGUACAGCAGCUAACCACUCUAACCAUAACAGCAGCUUUAAGAAACCAGCAACUCCCUUCCACCCCCAUCUGUUUCAACAGGUCACUGCUUACGUUGCAAAGAGAAAUGCAAGCACUGAAUCGACACAUGUUCAGGGUUGAUUAGCUGCUUUGCAUAGCACCUCUGUUUGUUUUUCCAUGCCAUCUUUUUCAUGAGCAGCAGCUGGCCAGAACCUCUCCAGUGUAGCCAGUGCUGCAUCUACAAGGUCACCUGGAAACAAAGGUUUAUUUUCAGAAUACGGAUCAUCUUCCAGUUUGCUUGAGCCCUCAGUGGGGCCCAGACUUUCCAACGGACCAAUGAGAGAGGGCAGCAUCUGUUCGCCCCAUCCCAUACUCCACCUACGGAGGUUACCUGGGUGACCAAUUCACACAUGUGGAAGGGAAAAGAGUAGAGAGUAGCUGGGAUGUUAAAAGAUACUUGCAAUAUUUGCCAGGGCAUUAAUUAUUAACAACAAUAAAUUUGAGAGAUCAUGAAGUAGGGGAAAGUGGAAAACUCCAAGCAACGGGCAGCUUUCAAAGGCUGUGUACACACCAUACAUUUAAAGCACAUGAGUCCUCUGAAAGACUCCUGGGAAGAGUAGUUUCUUAAGAUUGCCAGGAAUUGCAUGUCCAUGUGUGGUGAACUUCAGUUCCAAGGAUACUUUGGUGGAGGUCAUGUACUUUAAAUGUGUGGUGUUUACACAGCUUAUAUCAUGCAAGACUGCCUAGUUCUGAUCAUAGGUGUAUAAUCUUUGCCCAUGUUUUCCUUGCAACUGUUUUUGAGCAUAGAUUUAUGCAAUGACUUACAGGCUAAUACGUCACCCGUCUUAUGAGUCUUGUUUCCUUUUGUAAAACUGCUUCAAGGGGAGGUUUUUCCUUUGUAUAAAUUCUUUUAUUUGAGGGGGGGGAUGUGCUUCGAAUGUGCUUUGAAGGUGUAGUGCAUACACAACCUUAAAUUUUAUCCACAAGAGUUCACACGUUGUUCCAAGUGUAGUUGUACCAUUGGUUUGUGUAACAGCACAAUGUUAUUCACAGGUUUUUUCAGUUCCUUUCCAUGGAAUUUGCCUUUUUCUCAGCUGCUGCUGCACACUAGGGUCUCAUCCACACUUACCUUUUGCCCUACACUUUCAAGGUGAAUGUCAGCACUUUCAAGCUCUCCACCCCCCCACUACUUCCCCCAGGAAAACCCACUCUUUAAUGCUGCAUCAGAAUAAACUGCAUUUUGGGUUUUCUGCAGAGUCCCAUUUGCUCCAAUUCAGCAGUAAAGAGUAGACUUGAGCAGGAAAGUGCUGAGGGGAUAUAGAUAUAGAUAUAGAUAUAGAUAUAGAUAUAAUCGGACACCCAGCUUUAAAGCAUAGACCUGUGCCUAAAAACAUGGCACAAAGGAAGUCUGAAUGAGCCCUAGGGCAACAUUAUCAUUGGACUAUCCACUAUGACCCCAAGGUCUCAUUCCUAGUCAGUCACCACCAGUUCAAACCCCAUGAGUGAAAAUAAGAUUUUUUUUGCCCCUCUAUGCAUCAGUUUACACCUGUUUACAUUGAAUUGCAUUUGCCAUUUUCCUGCCCACUCUCAGUUUGGAGAGGCCCUUUUGGAGCUCUUCACCUUUUAUUUUAAUGACCAUGAGCAAUUUUAAUUAACAAACUUGGCCACCUGACUGCUCACUCCUAACUCUAGAGCAUUUAUGAAUAAGUGAAAAAAACACAGGUCUCAAUACCAGUCCUUGGGGGACUCCACUUUCUACAUCUCUCCAUAGAAUUGUCCGUUCAUUUAUACUCUCUGCUUCCUUCUACUUAACCAAUUCUUGAUCCACAAGAGAACCUCAGUGUCAGAGGACAGUGGUAUUUCCCUGGGUUCUCAAGGAUGGGUGAGGAUCCAGGGUGGAGGCCCCUAGUCAGGAAGAACCAGCGAGCGUGGAUGACUUCUCCUGUGAGCUGCUGCUGCUAGAGAACUUCAUCUCUGGAGGCUUUUGGAGCAGAGCCAGUGCAGGGCCUUCUCUAUUGGCAUGUCCUUGUCUUUUCUUAUCUUCAUAGCUGCAGUCGGUGGGGCUUUUUAGUUUCACCUGAAGAUCAUGCCAGGCUUGUACUGCCGGCCAGCCUGGACAGCCCUCCCUCUAAAAAGCUCUUGUGUGAAAGCCUGUGCCAAUGGGUAUUCCCUGGGAGUCACUGCCCACCUUACUUACAUCAACUUGGAGGAAGAGCCUAUAGAGGGUAAGAGCUUUUUGCAGCUACAGUGGUAGGUUAUAACUGCACAGGUGGUAGAUGCUGUUCUAGAUCUAUCAGGAAUGUAGAUGACUCUUGGCUCUUUCUGCUGCUUCAGAUGCAUGAUUCCCCAUUGACAGAGAUGUUACAUAUGGUAUAGGUGUAAGUCCUAUAAAUAUCUGAAGAGCAGAGAGGACAAUUUUCUUCUCUGUUGAAGCACUGGGUAGAUUGGAGAGCUUCCACCUUGCCCAGUGCUGUGAUGGGAAGAAAAUACCACCCCUCACUCCUCUGCUGAUCUGCACGGUUCAGGUGAAGAGGGAUGGGGGGUUGUGCAUGUGUGUGUGUGUGUGUGUGAGAGAGAGAAAGAGAGAGAGAGAGAGAGAGAGAUUUGUUUGGUUGCAAGGGGUGGACUGAUUACCAAUGGACAAUCUGGCUUUCUAUGCACAGGAGUCUUCAUUUAUCCCCUGGAGGAGUCAGAGGUGGUCUCAAGCUUUGAAGCUAUAACAGGAAACAGAACCUCCACGUUCCAGAUCCAGAACCGGCCCAGUGUGGAGGACUGCUGCAUUGACUGUAAUGCAAGCUGGAACCAGCCACUCUGCUGCACCAAUGGUUGGUUGUGGUAACAUCUCCUUGCAGUGCUCUGCCUCUGGCACUGCUGAAAUGAAUAGCAAGGUGGGACUUGAAGCAAAGACAUCAAUUCAGGACAGUUUCACAUUUUGGGGGUUAUGGAAGAGUUAGUCAAAGGUGAUUUGUCUUCUGCUUUCAUGCAAUAAAUAGUUCAGCUUUCCAUCCCAAGAGCACUAUUCCUAGGCUAGAACUCAAGGCAGGCUACAAUGAUCCAUUAGAAAGCUGCUUAAAGGCAUGAGCUAUGAGUCAUGCCCCAAAUCUCAGCUCUGCUGUGAACACAUCUAGUAACCACGAUCUAGCACUAGUUGGUUUCGGUCAAGCCUUCUGUACUAUUGGUCAUCACUCCUUCUGUACUAUACGGAAUAAUAAUACUGGACUACCCAACAGGGUGUUUUUCUAUAAGUCAAACAAAUAAUGCGUAUGAAGCCGCUCAGUAAAUUUCCCACUGUUGAGCUGUUCAUUAAAUUAAAUCCCAAGGGGAUGCCUCGGCUGAUGUGUGCAACAGUGGAUGGGUUGAGUUUUCCAUGAAGAGAACUAGGUAGCCACAGGUAAAUCUGUGGCUUUUGACCUAACCGUUCUCACAGUUUGCCAAUCGAUACAGUGCCAAGAAACUUAAGUGAGAUAAUCAUUAAGGGUAUUUGGGGCUCCCCCACCCGCACUGAGGUGCUGCCAUUCCAAUGGUAACUUUCAAAUCAGAACAGGAAAGGAGGGCUGUGCAAUGACUCCAGUCUUCACCUUGCUGUAUGGGUAACUCAGUGAGAAGUGUGGCUCCAAGACAGUGAUAAAGUAAAGGCAUUAGCUUCCCGCAUGAGUGUGUAGGAGGCACCAUCCUAGCUACCUCCUCUCUGCCUUCUGCCCAGGUCACUUGAUCCUUGACGAAGACUUAGCAUGUUCCACGUUCAUCAUCAGCACAGGCCCCGUUGGGCCUUCGGAAACCUUGACUGUAGUCUUCAGCAGCAGUCGGGAACUGGCAACCCUGGCAAACGGCGCCCUACGUGUCCUCUUCCCCUCUGUGCUCACGCCCUUCGUUGUAUCCAUCCCCGAAAGUGAAAGUGAGGCGAGAGGCUUAUGCGACGACAGGUUGGCCCUAUGGUGAUUUUCAUGGCUUUCUCAGAGUCUAUGCUAUGCAAAGGGUAGGGACUGGAGGAGGUUAUAGGGACCACUGACAGCUGGCAAGUGCAGGUCGCAGGAAUCAGAGCUUUCCUGCUGACUCAUAUGGGUUCUCUAGCAAAUGGGAGUGUGGCACAAAUAAUUGAUAAUGGGAGCCUGUGCCAAUUAGAAACUGGCUGGGAGUCACAUGACUCAGCAGCAGCAGCAGCAUCCCUUUUAUAUCCAAGGUUAAGGUUAUGAGUGCCUUUGCUUAUUGAACCAAAAUGACACCACUCACUCAUAAGAGGGAAUCAUCAGCAUGCCCAGAGGAAACCCAAGUGGAAAGGAGGGAUCCCUAAAACAGCCAAGGAAGGACUGAGAAUGUUUUGUGGGCCCAGAAUACUAACUAACAUUGGAUCAAAAAAUGCAAACUGGAUGGGAGGUGGAAUAGAAUGGAGUAUGGUACAGGAGGGCACUCCACUGUGCAAUAUUUUGUUGAGGUCCCUCUUGUGUCCUUCAGUGGAGCAUUGCACAAAGGCUGGAUUGAUGGUUUUAGAAUAGCAACUUAUGACCUUUUGCCACAGUGGGAGAAUGGAAAUUUAAAUGUACAGGCUAGUGUUCAAGUCUAGCAGUCUUCUCUCAGAACCCCUUUACAAACUGAUGUGUUGAAAACAUAGCUUGGUUGCAACUGUGCAGAGUUCAGCAUUGUGGGAGGAAAAAUAUGACUCCCUGUGACCCAUGUGUGUGUCGGGUAAAGAACAAAAGAAUCAGUUGGUUGCCUGGAUUCAAAAUGCAGGGCUAAACUCACUCUCCAGCAGGAGAGAGCCCCCAGUAGGAGCAUUUAAAGUCACAAACAUUAAGCAGCACAGUAAAGUGUUAGGAAUGUAGGCUCCUAAACCUUUUGCAUAUCCCAUUUAGUCCACUUGCAAAGCGCUUCCUUCUUUCUACUCCUCUUGCAAGGAACAGGCCACACACUCCUAAGGAAGUUCAAAAUGCUUUACUUACAGAUUCAAAGAAAAAAAAUAGAGAGAGAUAGCUUCAAACAUCUAAGCUUGAAGCAAAGCUUAAGACGCUUCUUCUUUGAUCAGUUACAUGGCGAGGAGAGAGAAGGAACAGGAAAAGAAGGCUUCACUUCCUCCCUCAUCAGAGAAGAGGGGGUGUGACUUAACUGAGUCUAGGAAACACAGCUUUAUUAUCUUAACCUCCUCAUACACCAACUAGCCCUAUGCUUGCUAGCUGUAUUUGACUGCAAUUUCCCACAAGAAUAUGGUAAAACUACUGUGCUUCCCAUGUAUAUAUAUAUAUAUAUAUAUAUAUAUAUAUAUAUAUAUUGUUUUCACCUCAUCUGCACAGAUCCAACUAAGCUAUGAUAGCAGCACACCAAAUUCACACCUCAACCUAUAUAAACAUAGCUGCCAAAAAUAGGCCCCUCCCACUGAGGUGAAAGUUUCCAAAAACUUCCCUGAUUCUGAUUAGUUGCUCUUGUAAAUAUGCCCCCAUGUGUUGGAACAGAGGUCCAGCCGUGGACUUUCUCCUGCAGAAAACAAAGUGUCUUUUUUCCCGCAUCUGUCUGUCUCUUUUGGAAAAUGUCUAUAUGGAGCUAUGUGAUUUUAAAAUCUCCUGGGCAGAUUGUCUUUAAAAAUAAAUAAGUUGUAUUCCAAAUUCACUUUAGGCUGUAGUUGCAUUUCCCUGCCCGCAGGAGGCCUCUUUGCAGGUCUUGGGCUGUGUUGUGGUGAUUAGCAAAUGUAUACCUUGCCCAAGAACUCCCACAAUAAAGUCAACUGCCGUGCUGCCCUGAUGCAUGCCAGACAGCUCUAGUUUGUGACUUUUCUCUCUCUUCCUCCUUCUUCAUCAGCUCUGCCAGUUGUUUUGGAUCCACUACUCUGAAGAGUGAGCAGUCUUUCCUUGUGCCUCCCCAGGAUGCAGACAUCUUCAGGGGUGAGGUUUACAAUGCCUUUCCCUACGAGUUCAGCUUUGAGAUGCUUGUUAAAGGACCCUGUUUGCUGGCAGGUAUGAUUUAGUAUCCAAUUUCAGUGUGUCUUGCAUUUGCGGUCGCAUGCACACCAUUGCAUUUAAAGCAUACAAUUUUAACAGUCACAGCUUCUCCCAAAAAAUCAUGGGGACUGUAGUUUGUUCAUGGUGCUGACUUCACAGAGCUAUAGUUCCCAAAGCCCGUAACUACAUUUUUUGAGAAUUCUCUAUGACUUGGUUGUUGUUGUGUGUUGUUGUUUUUUUUAAAAAAACACCAAAAUCCAAAGUGGUUUACAAAAAGAAUAAAACAAUGAAAUUGAAAUUAUCAGCAAAAACAGUUAGAAACAACUAUUUAAAACAUUCAAAGAAUAAUUUAAAUUGAUAAGUUUAAAACCAGAUUAAAACACAUAUUAACACUCUACGUAUCUAGAUAGGCUUAUUUCUUUAUUUAAUUCAUACGCUACUUGAUUGUGAAAACAAAACAAAACCCCCAAAAUGGUUUACAAAAAGAUAAAACAAGAAAAUCAAGAAAAAAUGCAAUACUUUAAAACAGACAAAAAGUUAAAACACUAAAACAGUUUAAAAUUCACAUCAACUUUCUAAGCAUUGAUAGGAUUGUCUAAACAAGAAUGUUUUUAGCAGACGCUAAAAAGAGUACGCUGAAAGUGCCUGCUGGAUCUCAAUAGGCAGGGAGUUCCGAAGUGUAUGUGCUGCCACACUAAACAAAUGCGGAAUGAAUAUUUUGUGGCACCUGUAGCAGUGCCAGUUCUACCAAUCAAAGUGCUCAAGUGGGCACAUGUGGGUUAAGGCAAUCUCACAUGUAAACUGGUCCUUAGCUGUUAAGGGCUUUAUAUUCUAACAGUAACACAUUAAAGGGGCAGAUGGAGCUCAUCAACCUGGGAAGGUAGCCCAUCUAAGAGAAGGAAAACUCUGAUUCUAAACCUCCACUGCCUUGUGGGAUAUCUUUGGGAGAAGAAAGGGCUAAGGAGUAAACCCUACACAAAUCCAGAGUGGAGUCCCUAAGAUGGUUGGACACCUCCUUACAACAACUCCUGCAGCCAAGCUGCUGCCAAACAUAUUGCUCUUCUUUCCUUUGGAUCCAAUCAGUGAGACGGGGGUCUUGUCCUCUGGGCAGCCCAGGUCCUCCAUACACACUGCCGAGGCUUGCACCCCAGGGAGGUCUCUUUGGUGCCACUAACGCAGCGGUUUGACUUCACCCCGGGAGGCGCUCUCUAUUGUCCCUCGAGACAGAUAGAUGCCAGCAACAACACUCUGAACUUUGCCUGGUAGCUGAUUGACAACCAGUGCAGAGCUGUGAGCACAGGUGUUCUAUGAUGCCAGGGUCUCAUUCUGCACUAACUGCAGCUUCCAGAUCAAGCCAAGGAAAGCCCCAAGUAAACCACAUGGGGGACUUAAAUAUAUAUAUAUAUAUAUAUAUAUAUAUAUAUAUAUCACAAACACAUGCAGAAAUGUGGAGAACUGAACCUAAGAUUGGAAAAGUGAGAAUCUGAUAGAAACCAAAAUGCCAGCAGUGACAGGGAGCAGAUUCCUUCUGCCCACUCUACAGUCCGCUCUUGAUCCAGAAGUAAGUGCAAUGGCUGCAAUGCCCUUUCAUUCCUUCCAUUAUCCAGGACUAUGGGAAAUGCAGGUGAUUCACUUUUGCUUUUGCUCCAGAUAGAUGGAUAGACAGAGAUAGAUAGAUGAUAGAUAGAUAGAUAGGUAGAUAGAUAGAUAGAUAGAUAGAUAGAUAGAUAGAUAGAUAGAGAUAGAUAGGUGAUAGAUAGAUAGAUAGAUAGAUAGAUAGAUAGAUGAUAGAUGAUAGAUAGAUGAUAUAGAUAGAUAGAUCUCAUGAUCUCAGAAGACUGAAUGCUUGGGUUUCAAAGAUGUCUUGCUCUAAGGAGGACUGUGGGGAAGUGACAGUGAAUGAAGCCAUUCCAGAAGUGCUGUCUGGUUAGUGGCAUCGUGAAGGAUUUAUGAAGCAGCCCCAGAAGAGGAGGUGGAAUCUUUCGUUAUAAAGGCGUCAGAAGAGCACUUCAUAAAUGCUUGUCCUGAACCUCUUUUAGGAAUUGGUUAAUCACUAAAAUAAUAUAUGCGCUACUGUGGUUAACAAAGCAGAGAUUUUCACCACAUGAAUAAAGUCUCUGGUUUUUAAACCAUCUAUAUUGCGCAUGCUUUAGUGCUGAGUCUACACUCUUUUUCUCUCAUGAAAAAAUGAUGGCUGUGGGAAGAAAGGAAGCAAGUGAAAGUGUGUGUCGUGGGGGGAGGGAGGGAGACGGAAGCAACUUCAGAGAGCCCUGGAGCAUAUGCUUGAGACAGACGAAGGAAUUAAUCCCAUUAGGAGUUGGCUCAAGUCCCAUGCCUCCGAGAAAUGCUGCACUCGUGGCCUUGCUGGGCUUCAGUCUAGUAAAAAUGUCUUUCGCUGCUGACGAAUGACUUCAUUGUGGUCUGUGCAGAAAGGUAAAAAAAGGGGGGGGGAGUUGUGUGCUGAAAAAUUAUCUAGCUCCAUUUAUCUAGCAGUGCAGAUAAGCUGGCAGGUAUGUACCUUAGUGUAAGCUAUAUAAAGGCUUAUCCACACCUUCUUUUGCUUCCCCACCUCACAAGAAAUCUGUUCUUUAGCGCUGAAUCGGAACAAAUGACAAUCAGGUUUUCCCGCAGAUUGCCAUUUGUUCCGAUCUACCACUAAUUAGUGAGUUUUCUGGGGGAAAGCAGCAGGUCAAAGGCAAAGUUGCUUAGACCCAUGCCUAGAAAGCUCAGGUCAAGCAGAAAACUGCUUGUUGUUGUUUAGUCGUGUCCGACUCUUCGUGACCCCAUGGACCAGAGCACGCCAGGCACUCCUGUCUUCCACUGCCUCCCACAGUUUGGUCAGACUCAUGUUUGUGGCUUCGAGAACACUGUCCAACCAUCUCGUCCUCUGUCGUCCCCUUCUCUUUGUGCCCUCCAUCUUUCUCAACAUCAGGGUCUUUUCCAGGGAGUCUUCUCAUGAGGUGGGCAAAGUAUUGGAGCCUCAGCUUCACGAUCUGUCCUUCCAGUGAGCACUCAGGGCUGAUUUCCUUAAGAAUGGAUACGUUUGAUCUACAUGCAGCUGCUGGGUGACCUUGGGCCAGUCACACUUCUUUGAAGUCUCUCAGCCCCACUCACCUCACAGAGUGUUUGUUGUGGGGGAGGAAGGGAAGGGAGAAUGUUAGCCGCUUUGAGACUCCUGAAGGGGAGUGAAAGGCGGGAUAUCAAAUCCAAACUCUUCUUCUUCUUCUUCUUCUUCUUCUUGCAGUCCAUGGGACUCUCAAGAGUCUCCUCCAGCACCAUAAUUCAAAAGAAUCAAUUCUUCGGCGAUCAGCCUUCUUUAUGGUCCAGCUCUCACUUCCAUACAUUAAACUGCUUAGACCUUUGCUUUCUAGGCACGGGACAAGCAGAAAGUGUGGGUGAGCCCUAACUGUAUAUUCUUUUAAAUAAGUCUGUGCUGGAUUAGUGUUGUGACCACAGUAUUAAAACCUUUAUACAUUUUGGAACGGUUUGCCAAAGAGCGGUUUGAAUUCUGUAAGAGCUGUAGAUAAGAGAGGGCGAAUUGGCGGGACCUUCAGGUCGGGAGUGAGAGUCCCUGGGCUGUGUGUUUCCUGUGUGGCUUUUAAAAACACACAAUUCCAAACAAGUUUGUGCUGAGGAAAGGGCCUUUAUCAGUUCUGCAGAUUUACACAUUUGCUUGCUUUUUUCUCAUUCUUCUGCAACUCAGAGGGCACACCCUCAGCACUAGAAAUCUUACAGCCCUCUUCUGGCUCCUGAGUUACACUCAGUGUAACUCAGUGCUUUGACUUUGCAGCCAUAGGGACCAGCAAUUUCUUCUUAGUGAAAACAGAUUGUAAAGAUGCUGAAUACUGAAACUUCUUUUUAAACAAGUAUUAUUUCGAUAAAUAUCUGGAGAUGGAGGAGGAUGAAGUUUUUUGUCACUGUUUUGCUGCUGUUAGAUUAGGUUUGGUUCCCCCCCCCCCCACAUAUAGUUUUUAUUUUAAAGAUUUUUUUUAAAAAAAUCACUGUGUUAGCCACCUUACCCAAUUCUUAUUCUUUGAAGAGGCAUGGAAGAAGAAUGCCUCUAUUGCAUUGCUGUUAUCUAAUCUCCAAGGGCAGAUUUGUGUGUGUGUUCAUUCCAUUACUCAGCGAUCAAUUAUUCUCUGUCAAACAUGUGAGCUGUUUCCAUUUAAAUCUACUCUGUUUAUGUAUGAGAUCUAAUUGAUGUACAAGUUCGUUCAUCCACACAUGUCGGUCAUCACUUGAUGCCAAGUCUUCAAGUGAGCACAAGUGCGUGGGAAUGAGGCCUUGCUUGGUGCUGUAAAACAAAUGCAGCUAUUUCCAUCUGACACACCUUCAAGCAGGAGUGGGAAACCUUUGGCCCUGCAGAUGCUGAUGAACUACAACUCCCAUGAUCCCUGGCCAUUGACCACAUUUGCGAGGCUGAUGGGAGUUGUCGCUCAGCAACAUCUGGAGGGCCAAAUGUCCCCCACCCCUGCUUUAGAGGUUAUUACAUUACAUCAGGCAAUAAAACCCUCUCGUUAUUGCAGGAUUGGAGAGCCCAUCCCACGCUCUUCGGGCUGAUGCUAAUCCUUUUGCCAGCUCUGCCUCAACUAUAUGCAUCACCUUGGCAGAGAAGCACAGAUGUGACAGGAACCUGGAGAUUAUCUUGUAUCCUUGUGGUAAGAGAACACUUUGAAGUCAAGGAGUUCUGCAAUCACUACAGCAAUGGAACCUUCUGCUAAUGUAUAAUACACACUGCAGGGGGGAAUGUAGGGGUGAUAUCCGAUUGGGGAGCCUUAGGACUGAACCAUUUAAUCUUCCAGGUCUUUAGCUCUGUACCCAGAUACCAACAAUAUAUUGCGACUGAGAGACAUUAAUUUCUGAACUUUUAUUUUAUAGCACACACACACAGCUACUGUAAUGCCUCUUGGGGUCCUUUCUGAGGUGGCAUAGGACAGGCAUGGCCAAACUUGGCGCUCCAGCUGUUUUGGGAUUACAAUUCCCAUCAUCCCUGACCACUGGUCCUGUUAGCUAAGGAUGAUGGGAGUUGUAGUCCCAAAACAGCUGGAGGGCCAAGUUUGGCCAAACCUGGCAUAGGAGCUGCUAUUGUGUGUCUGCUUUAUGGGAACAGUGGACUUUUUAAUAUAUUAUUUUUAUCAUGACAUUUUUAUUUAGGUAGUUAUGGACUAAACCCAAAAUCUCAAGCAAGAACAACCAGACUAGCCCAGAUGAUGUGUUUAAGAAUUAGUAUAAAUAUGAAGCUAGGCAGAUUAUUCAGACAACUAUAUAGCAAAUUAUGUGGGGUAAGAUACCACCUGCGUAGUGUUUAAAGAGCUGAUUCUCUUAUUUCUGUGACCUCUGGAGAGAAGAUACUCCCUGCAGCAAUAUCCAUGCUGCUCGUGUAGCAUCAGAAGGGGCCCUCAAAGUGCAACCCACAGAUAUACUUAUUUUAGGAUUGGUGCAUGUCAAUCAUCUAUCAUAAUGAAGCUACUUUAACCUGCUCCAUGUGGUGUCAGUUGCCACCUGAUGGGCUGUUCCUGGUGACCCUCUACAUAAAGAAGGAGGUUAUUCUUAUUCCUAUUUUACAGGUGUGGAAAUGAGACUGGGAGUUGCCUGAGGCCACCAGUUUUGAGUCCAUACCUGGUUUUGAACCUAGGUCCAAACAGCCCAGCUGUCUGUGCACUGGAUCAUUCUGACUCUCAUGCAGCUUUACAUUUUCCUCCCCUAAGAACCUCAUCAUCCACACCUCAUCAUAGAAGAUGGUGCUAUCUCAUAUCAGGACUACGAGGCACAAAUAAGGAGCCGCCGUGAUUAUGCUCGUAUUGCCAAAAAAGAUGAUUGGGAGAGACAGGUAACCAUCUAGGAAGAGAAUUUUUUUCCUUGGUUGUCUAAGGAUGGUCUCAAGUUGGAUUGAAAUGACUAGGACCUAGACAGUAGCACCUUAAUACCUUGCUUUUUGUCACCUCUAACUGUAAAUUCUCUGGCCUGAUGGCUGAGCAAGAAGCACAUGGUGUGGUAGGGAUGCUGCUGCUCAGCUGAACUCUGGUUGGUCACAUUGCUGCUGCUUACUGGAAGGUAGAGGGGAUGGGAGAGAGAAGGGAUGGGGCAAGGCGACCGUGAAGUCAGUGCAGUGCGUGCACACUGCUGGAGAAAUUCUGGUGCUCCUGCCAGUGCAUUUGCACUGUGCCAACCUCCACAUUGCAUGAUAAUAUACAAUGAUAUCGGGAAGGAAAGGUUGAAGCCACAACAUAUUUUCUUUGCUCCUAGGUUGCCUUUGUCCAGAAGAGGUUCCACAAAGACAUUUUUCACAAUCCUGUCCUGAUGCUGAAUUUCUGCCCUGAGGCCAGCUGUGUUUCCACUGAUUUCCAGACCAUCACUCGCGAAAUGCUCUUCCUCAUUGACCAGAGUACAAGCAUGAGUGGCCCUGGCGUUGAUGGGAUCAAGGUAAACAGAGCAUUGGGAAAUGGGAAGCUGUCUUUUAGAAAGUCGGGCCAUUGGUGCUAUUACUAGGUCAGCAGUGUCCAUACGGGCUGACAGCAGCUUGCCUGGGGUUCAGACAGGGGUUUUCCACCAGCCCUGCCUGAAGAUGCCAAGGACCGAACCUGACAUAUUUACUGAAUGGGCAUCAAGGUAUAUGCUCCUGAUGCCUUGUGUGUGUGUGUAAAAUAAAACUAAUUUUUGCAGACCUGAUGAGUAACAGUUCCAGAAUAUUUGCAGAAUAUGCACAAUUGUUUUUUCAGCAUCUGCCAAGUUUUCAAAAAUUAUAUGAGAUAUUAUAUUGAUUAUUAUGCAGAUAAGUAGCAUCUUCCCACAUUAUGAUGCCUCUCUGGGGCAUCCUUAACAAUGUAUGUUUUCCCAGCUUUAAUGGGAAGAUGCUCAGAAUUCCUCGCAGGACUCAGAUUUUAUUCCUUCCUGUUAGUGUAGCCUGAGCAAGGAAAGGCUUGUCCUCUUGCUAAGGAUGCUUCCAGAUUGAUACUGUUUUUGGGUAGGAUUUGGUCACAAUCCGGCAAAUUCAGGUUGCACAGUUAUAGUUGAUUGUGAGGUCUUGCACAACAAACCUGCUUCCCCAAAGAUGAGACUUUUUGCAUUAUGGAUGAAGAAAGUGUGGGAUAUGAACCAACCUGGACCCUGCAAUCACCAUCUGAGGCCCUUCUUUGUGUGUCUGUUGCAAACCAGUUUGCCAUGAACAUUUGCUGUAAAUUUUGGACACCACAAAAACCUUCCAAAAGUGGAUUAGACAAUGUUAACAUCAGUGCAUACAGCCAACCACUCACAUAGAAACUCAUUAAAAGUGCAUUUUGAGCCCUGAUUGACAGCAAGCUUGCCCACAAGCUCCAACACUUCUCCCACAAAAGCAUUCCCUACUGCUAAUAUAUUCAAUAUAACCUGCAUACUUUGUACAAUGUUGUUCGAUUUUCUUAUGGAGCUUUCACAAAGAUGAUAAUGAAUGUUAAUUAGGAGAUGCUGUUCAAGACACAACAAUCCAGAAAUGUUAAGUACUAUAAUUAAGAUGCCAAGGCAGACAACUCUAACCAACAGUGCUGCUCCAACCAAACACAGCUCCAAGGUCCUCCAAGUUUUUCCUCUCCCCAGCAAAAUUCCCACUAACUACCCCAAGACUGGUCUGUGUCCCAAGCAAACUUGAACUACACUUGUAGGAAAAUAAGAAUAGAACAUUGAAUUGAGUGUUGUGUUCUCUUCGCUGCCAAGAAAGAAAGGCUCUCUGCACCUAUUGAAACUCCUUUCCAUCUUGCCUCCUAAAAUGCAGAAUGUUUUUGCCUGGCACAUAACAAUAUGUAAUGAAGGUGCCAGAUGUGCCUCCAUGGGGAUACCAGUCCAGAAAUGGGGAGCCACCACAGAAAAAUCGUGUUCUCAUUUUGCCACCCUCUGGACCUCCCAUUGCCAUUUCUUCUGAUUCAGUGUUAAAGAGAGUGUUUUCCUGGGGAAAGCAGCAGGGCAAAGGGUAAAUAUGGAUGGACACCUCAUUCUCUCUCUCUCUCUGCCCAGGAUGCUCUGUUGGUAGCUGUGAAGAGCCUUCCUCCCAGCACCUUGUUGAAUGUGGCUGGCUUUGGCUCCAGCAUCAAGCCAGUCUUCACCACCAGCAAGCCCUGCAAUAGUGUGAGUAUUCUGACCAUUGUGGCUUCUUGUCCACCCCUCUGACCCCAAAGCUAUUAACUGGCAAUUAACUGGAUCCGACGAGAACUCUGUGAAUGUGCAGGUAUGGUGCCAUGAGUUGUCAUCAUCAUUCUAACAUUUAUUUCUUUAAUUGCAUUUUUUCCCAGUUAAUCAUGAAUAGGGAAAAUGUAGGACGGGAAAUCCCUACAUGAAUAUAAUGAAAAGGAAUAUAAUAACAUACCAAGGGUGGGGUGGGGAAAGCAAUGAUGGCACUACAAGGAAAGGAAGGAAGGUGUUGUGACGUUUCAAGCACACAAAAUGUAAGAAACAAUCUACACUCAACUGAUGACUGUUCAGAUUGAUAGUAAUAAAAUAAAACUGUUCAAAUAGGGACAAUCCUUGAUCCAUUGUUUUUGCAGUCUUGCUCGUUUCCUGGGAUUCCCCCCCCCAAGAAAAACAAAAGGUUUGCAUGCCCAAGUACAGAAGUACCUAUAUGCAUUUCUAGAACAUAAGAAGGUAGUAGAAGAAGGGAGGAAUGAUUGAAUGGAUGAACAAACAAAUAAAACCACCUCCAAAAAAUUCCACCAAGCUCCACCCACUGCUGUGGAUGGCAUUGCAGAAUAGCAAUGAGUAGCCAUGACUGAAAAGGGAGAAUGUGUCCAAAACAGACCAAAAUCAGACCUGAGCAGCCUAUAUGCAAUACAGGACCUCCAUCUGAAUCACCUUAAAUCCAGAAUAUUAACUUUUGUUGGAAGAGAUGCAACCUUUAGUGGACUGAAGACGUUUGACCUGUGUGCCAUUACUUAAGAUGAAGGUUGCUGGGUUGAUUCUGUGCUUGGAGGAACAUGUUGCGUCAUCUUCAGUCCUUGUGAUAAAACUGCUGUGCUCAGGUGACCCAAAUUCUGUGCCAAGAGAAGUUGAGUUCAGUGAUCUGUGUAUGUUAUGCAAAGCAUGCAGACUUGCUAUACUGGCUUUUUAUGUCCAGUUUAUUCUGGGUUGGCCAGAGUCCAGCAGCUGUGCAGGUUCUGCGGAUCUGUCCCAUAUUCACUUGAAAUCCUCCUUUGCAUCUCACCCCUCCACUUAUGAGAUGAUACCAGUCAUUUCAUACAUAUUUUCAGAUUUGUCUUCCCAACCAUAAAUGCUAGAGGCUUUUUUCCUUUUUAAAGCAGAUGCUGAAGUCCACAAAACCUUAUGCCACAUUAAAUUUAUUUAAGGGGCCACAUCUUUUCAGGAAGCUGAAUUCUGCCCACCCCCAAUUUCAAAUGCCAGCUUGUGAAGCGUGAUUGUGAAAUAGCAGAAUUAAUAUCGCUGUACUUAUGACUCCCAGAAUUGUGUGUCUGUCUGACUCACAAACAGGAAGGCAAGAAGAUUAGGGAGGGCUGUAACUCAAUGGUAGAGUACAAGUUUUAUCCAAAAAAGUUCCCAGAUUCCUCCUUGGUAUGUCCAGGAGCAUGGCUUAGAAAGGGACAAAUGAGAUCAGUGGAUUAUUUAUUGAAUAAAACACACAGUAUUUUUUAGAUGGCAAUUCUCAGAACAGCUAAAAAAUUAAUAAAAUGAUAACGUUCAUAAUUAUAUAAAAUAAUUCAGCAGGGCAAUAAAACAGUAAAAAUCAACAGACGCAAUAAAAGUACACAGAUUGAAACCAGGUAGCUGACGUGCUGAAAGGCUUAAGCAAAUAAAAAGCCUGGUGCCCAAAGAUAUCAGACGGGGUGCCAUGCAAGCUUCCCUGGGAAGGGCAUUCUGGAUUCAUGGCAACUGAAAAUGCCAUUGGUUUUAUGGUUGGAGUGCAGGGUGCAGAGAGAUCAACAGGGUUCACAAAAGCAAAAUUUGUCGUUUGCCUGGGAGAUUUGGCUAGUUUUUAAAAUAGGUUUACGGCUAUGGAGAAGAACUUGCAUAUGGAGAGAAACUUGCAUAUGUGUAGAAAAUGCCUGACAAAAUGUCAGAAGACAGGCAGCAAGUAAGCAAGGACUUCUAGUUGUCAUCAGUACUGUGCCUUAUAGUCCCUUAUCCUUCAUGCAUGUAAGUAGCAGGAGUUGAUUGGCACACUAUUUCCACAACAUGUUCAGGCCACAGGAUCUCACUUUCUGGAAUGCAGAAUUAGAGUCAGUGAGCCACAGAGGCAGAAGUCGUAAUGUUCUGGGGUGGUGGAGAGCUUGCUUUAUGGCAAGAAGUCUGGUUCAGUCUAUUUGCUGUCUCCAUAAUCCACUCAUCUCUCCUGUGUACAGGAAACCCUCAGGCUGGCCUGUGAAUACAUUCAGAAGCUGCGGUCUGACAUGGGUGGAGCCAACCUCCUGGCUGCUCUGACCUGGAUCUUGGGGCUCCCUCUUCACCGUGGGUAUCCUCGGCAGCUCUUUAUAUUUACGGAUGCCAGUGUUGGAAACACAGGCAAGGUCAUCGAGCUGGUCAGGAGACACGCGAGCAGUGUCAGGUAUGGAGUGGGGUGAACUGGCCUUUCAUAGGUCUCCAAUUCUACCUUGGUGUGCAAGAGACCUGGAUAGAGUAAAGUACUCUGCUGUAUGUUGAAAAGUGGAGAGGCAGUAUCAUCCACUAAAUAAAGAGAGCUGGAUCUGGGUCGGUCUUUAUUAUGCACAGAAGCUCUGUGCCACUAAUAGCCUCAUGAUUUGCAAUAAUCAAUAUUACUUAGCAUUUAAAUAGCACUUUCAAGCGUUCAAAGAACUUCACAUACAUUAUUUCAGUAAUCUUUGCAGCAACACUAUAACAUUGAUCCGUAUUCCUAUCCUUUCCUGCUCAUGCUGUUAACUUCUAUGCACGCUAGCCGAUUGCUCCUCCGUUAUGGUUUCACCUGUUGAUUUCUGCCUGCCAUGCAGCUAUUGAGGACCUAGAGCUUCUGCCCCUACAAGCUCUUUAAAAUGUAUGUACAGUAGAGUUAGCUCGAAUCUAUCAUUGUAGGGGGCGUUCCACAAACUAGGAUUGAUUGCUAACCAGCGUAGAUAUGCAUAGUUAGGUUUGACUAUAAAAAAGUUCCUACGUACCGUAUUUUUCGCCCCAUAGGACGCACUGGCCCAUAAGGCGCACCUAGUUUUUUGGGGGGGAAAUAAAGGGGAAAAUUUUUAUUUCCCCCCCCCCAGGCGCGGGGCUUCCCCCGACCCCAGCCCCCAGAACAGGCAGCUCUCCACAAGCGGUGGGAGCCCAGCGCCGGGCUCCCACGGCUUGCGGAGAGCUGCGCGAAGCCUGGAGAGCGAGAGGGGUCGGUGCGCACUGACCCCUCUCGCUCUCCAGGCUUCAGCGAAAGCCUGCAUUCGCCCCAUAGGACGCACACACAUUUUCCCUUUGGAGGGGAAAAAGUGCAUCCUAUAGGGCGAAAAAUACGGUAUAUGUCAUAACCAGCACUUUGAAUUGUGCCCAGAAACAGACGGGUAGCCAGUGAAGAUGUUCUAAUAAGGGAGCCAUCUGCUCCCUAUAACCAGCCCUGGUCAGCCAUCUAUUAUGAGAACUAGCCAAUAAGCACCCUCUACAGCCAAUGUUUCCCUAUCACACACUGAAUUUGCACUGUAAACUUGCAGAAUCAUUUGCCAAACUCAGUCUGGUACAGAAGAAAGGUGUGUUUGUGCUGAAUGCAGUAGAGGGCACUUCCAGGCCACCCUCACUGAUGUUAGGAUGUUGCAAAUGUAUUUACACCUGUAGUCAUAACUGGAUUUGUGUGUUCAAAUUGCUUCCCAGCCAUUAAUUAUCUGGGUGACCCUAAGCAAGCCUCUGCCUCUCAGCCUUGGCUCUCUAGCAGCCAAACCUCUUACACAGGCUGCGCACACACACCAUACAUUUAAAGCACAUGACUUUCCCCCAAAGAAUCAUGGGAACUGUAGUUUACUACUCAGAGCUACAGUUUCCAGAAUCCAUAACAAACUGCAAUUCCCACAAUACUUUAUGGGAAGUAAUGUGCUUUAAAAAAGUAUGAAUGAGAUGAAGACUUCAGUGCAGUCUGCUGAGCUCAGAGUGCUUGCCAUGGCUUGGCAGUGCACAUCCUAAUAAGAGUGUGGAACAGAAUGAAGCAGGCUGGGUGGUCUGAGAUUCAAGGACUUCUUUCCCACAGGUGUUUUACCUUUGGCCUGGGCUCUGGUGCCUGCCGUAGGCUCCUGCGCGGACUGGCAAAGGUGAGCAGAGGUCGGGCUGAAUUCCUAAGCCCAAGUGAAAGGCUGCAGCCCAAGGUACGUGCUGUCCUGCUUCAUUGUUGGUAUUUUUGACUUGGGCGGUCACCUGUGCUCAGUAGUUAUGUGCCAUGUCCACACUAUACAAUCACAAUUUAACACAGGCGUGCGUCAGCUAUGAAGGAUCCAGACAGCAGUGUAGUAUUAUCAUCCUUCUGUUCAAGAAUCCAUGCAGAGACAGUGUUGGCAGCCAAGCCAUCUUUCAGGAUAUUGCCACCUGAAAGAGGCUCAAGGAGGUAGGGAUGGAGGGUCUGUCACUCUCUGUUCUUUCACUUCCUUGUUUUUCCAGUCUUCACAUUUCUGCAGAAAUUUCCAGACUUUUUAAUUUAUUUAUUUUUUAAAAAAAACCUCUUGAAAAUUCACCCCUGUUUUGUGUGAAUUUCUCCUGAUAAACACCUUUUUUAUGUGCAGUCUUGACUCCUGCACUUAUUUCUGCAAGUAAUUUCUCCUCAUACAAUACAUUAUUGUACGUUAUAUUCACCAAUAUCUUUUUAUGCACACUUUCUCCUAACAUUUGCAGUUUGGUAAAUACUGGUUGAUGGAAGAACUGCAUUGCAAAGUUCAGAUAAGUGCACAUGUCAAAGGAUGGCUGUUUCCAUUUGCGUAUUGUUCUGGAAAGUACAAAUUUGAUAGAUUGGCCUUUAAAUACAAACUUGAUCCAAUUUCUCACCUGUCCUUAGAAUAUGGCAACUAGCUGUUAGACAUACGAGGGCUGCUGAAUAUCUCUGGUUUUUCCCCCAGCUGAUAAAGUCUUUGAAAAAAGCAAUUGAGCCGGCUGUGAGUGACAUCACGAUAGACUGGUAUGUGCCAGACACCAUGGAGGCCCUGCUAUCGCCCAAUGAGAUCGCAGCCCUGUAUCCAGGAGACCGGCUCAUCAGCUACUGCACUCUUUACCACAUUGCCAGUUUCCGGGACAAGAAGGCAACAGUUGAGCACCCAUUCCCUUAAAACGUGGGCUUGGGGGCGGAAUGUGGCCUGGCAGGCCUUUUUCUGGCACUUGGGACUCUCCCCAGGCCCUGCUGCAUACCCUCUUGAGAGAAUUUUUGCCUGGCUGUGAUGUAGUAACACCGACAGGCAGCCCUCCAGAGGGAAUAUGGCUCACAGGCUGAAAAACAUUCCCCAGCCCUGUCCGAAAAAGUGUGGCUCCCCCUGCUGUGGGAAACAAGGCCUGCGUUUAUUUUGUGCCUGGCUCCAGUAGCCACUUGCAGAAAGCCUUGCCUGGAGAAGGUGCCUUUUUGCCUUGUUUCCUUCGUUCCCCUCAGAGCAGAGCCUUUUAAAAUAUGCCUUCAGUCAUCUACUCGCCUUAAAGUUUGGCUGCCUUGUUUCCCCAGGGCAGAGAGCCGUUGUGCCGGAGUCUAUCUAGGGGCUCUGCGGGUUCAGUGUUCCAGUCCCAGGAGGAGGCAACUGGUUUGGAAGGAGCCCAUCCACACCCAGAGAGUCAAGAAAUUUGCCGAGCCCUUCAUGAGAUUUCCCGUGAGAUAUCUCUGGAGUUUUCUGCUGGGGGCACUGAGGAGUCUAUGAAAAGUAAGUAGAACUUUGUGGGAUGGCGUUUGUUUUCAGUUCUUUCCUCUAGGACUGUCUGGGAAUGGAGCAACAAUCUUUGCUCCAGACCCACUAAGCAGUGAUCCCCUCCUCCCAUUCUCUGCAGUCUGGUCCACAGGGGGGAAUAGGGCACUCUACACUUCAGCCCCAACAACCCAAGGUCACAUCUACACCGUACAUUUAAAGCACAUGACUUCCUGCAAAGAAUCCUGGGAACUGUAGUUUGUUAAGGGUGCUGAGACCUGUAGCUCUGUGAAGCUAAACUACAUCCCCAGAAUUCUGUGAUGGAAGCCAUGUACUUGAAGGUGCUUUAAAUGUGUGCUGUGGGUGUGACCUGUGUCUUGAUUCCUCCAAUCCCACUGGCUUUUUUACACGUAACCAGUCCUGGGUGUCUGCUUCCUCCUCCUUAGUCUCAGUUUGACCCUCGUAGAACUCAGCUGGGAAAGACAGUGGUGGGAAAGUGGAAAUAAAAUAGAGUUGGCUCCACCUGUCCUGGCUGUGUCUCUGCCUACUGUUGGACUCGCUCCCUUCCACCCUAUCAGCCCUGACUGGCCCUGACCACUGUUCCUUUUUGAAUGGCGGAGGUCAGUUGAGGAGUGAUGAGAGGCCAGAGCUCUUUGCCACAGCACUGCUUUGCAUGUAGGAGGUCCCAGGUUCACUCUUUGGCAUCUCCAGUGGAUGCCAGGCUAAAAUUUUCCUUUUCAACCAGGCCUUUGGCCAAUUGACAUUCGAUGCCCAUUUAAAUGUGUUGUUAGAGAGGGGAGUUAUUAGUUUGUUCUUAUUUUUACUAUGUAUUUUGUGGUUUCUAUAUUGUGAUUUUAUGGUGUGAACCACCCUGCGAUCUGCAGUAUGCAAAUGUAACCAGCAACAAUAAUAAUUGUGCCUCUGUAUAUUAUGGAACUCUCCAUGCCAGUGCCUCUGCGUUCUUCUCCCUGGCAGGUGGGGAUCCUGUGUCCGGAGGAGACAUCUGGAAGCGGAUUUACCAGCCCUCCUACAUCAAGGAACAGUAUGUGCUCACUCACUGCUCAGUCAGCACCGACCACAGCCACGGCUUGCUCUCCCACAGUUCCACCAGCAGCGAGUCCACGGGCUCCAGAGAUGUCCCUCCAGAGGGAGGGUCCUUAGCCCAGGCUCUCGAAGGCAGCUCACAGCAAGGCCAGAAGAGUGUCUCCCUGUGCAAUUCCUCCACCAAGUCUGCCCCCGUCUCCCAGGCUCCGUCUGGUGCUCCUCCUAAGGUGAGGCAUUUCAGAUCCCCUCCACUCCACAGCACCCAGCAGGCUUUGAAAGAUGCCUGCUGCUUUAUACUACUUUGGGUCUUUUUUUCUAGGAUCAAAUCUUCUAUUGGAAAUGUAAAGGGAGAUUUCCCAUUCUUCCUAUUUUUAGGUGGAGGUAUUCCCAGCUGGGUGGUCAGAAACAUUUUCACCCUCAUCCUCUAUUAGCUUAUUUAUAGCACAUUUGCCACCUCUUUAGAAAGGCUCCCAGUCACUUGAAACAAUGAGUCGUCCUGACCCAGACACCCUCCCAGUUCCUUUCCCCUUUCCCCCAGGGGUUAGUUUAAAGGCUAUUCUGCAGCCUUUUAACACAAAACAAAUUCACAAAUAUUUUCAGACAUGAGUCUUUUUGGCGCACUCAAAGGAAGCCAUUCUUCUGAAUACCAGUUGCUGGAAACCACAGGAAGGGGAGAGUGCGCUUCUGCUUGUGGGAUUCCUAGGGGCAUCUGGUUGGCCACUGCAAGAACAAGAUGCUGGACUCGAUGGGCCAGGUUCUUCUUAUGUUCUUACGUAAAUUCAGUUGGCUUUGUAAUGUAAGUGUCGAAUCUGCACUGGACAACUUAGGCCUCCCAUGAUAAAACCCCAGAACCAAGGUCUCAGCCUUUCUGAAUAUCCUUUGGUGUAAUUUGAAAAGUCCUUCAUAAUUAUGGGUCCUUCCAGACUGUUGCUAUUUUCAGGUGGGAUUCAACCAUAUAUUGACACAUUCCGGUCGUGCAAUUAUAAUUGAUUGGGAGCUCUUGUGCAACAAACCCACUCCCCCCUCUCCCCCCGCCAAAAACGCACACAGACUUUUUGUGAUAAGGAAAGUAAUGGCAACGUGAAAUUGAAAGGCUGGAGUAACAUUUCCUUGAUGCAAUGUUGUCUCACCUGCCUGCAGACAAAUCAGAAUGAAUGCUUAUUCAAUAGCCCAUGUUUUCAAACUGCCUUGCAAGAAAAUGAGGAUGAAUGUUCCAUAAACUGGUUGUUUGGAAGAGCUUUGUGUGUGAGGGAGAGAACGGAAGACUAUUCCUCAGGUGUAGAGAUGCAGUAGGCCCAGCAUUAGAUCUGCACAAGGGAAGGGCAUUUGCUUUCUUACAGUGAUCUUUGACAUGCUUCCUUAGAGUUUUCCCAGCAUUGACCUUCUCGCCCUCCCUUUCUCUUAAGGUGUCUGCGGCCCUGAGCUCCGAGGAGCUGGUGCGAAGGAAGAAGGCCUUGGCCCGAGCUGCUCUGUCUGGACGUAGCUUCUCCUCCCCACAUGGUGAGCUGGAUGCCCAUCGGCUGCGCCGAGCCCUAGAAAAGGUGUCCCAGAAGCGGAACCGUUCCCUGGAAGGGAAACUGGAUGAGAUUGGGCCGGAGUUGCAGAAGAUGCGCAGAAGCAUUGCUGAUUCCAGUGAGUGGUGGGGAAGAAGAACGUGGAAGUCUCCUGUUGGGAGAGCAGAGGGGGCAAGAAGCCCCACGCAAGAUGAGAGAAAGCAAGAGUGGCUGAGACUUGCAUGUGGGCCAUCUGCAGGGGGGGGGGCAUCUUGGUGUCUGUUAUUCUUCCCACUUAAGUCUUGUGCAAAUAACAUUCCUGUUAGUUUAUCCCCCACUCCAGUUCUGCACUGUAGCUCAGUGACAGAAGGUCCCAGGUUCAACCCCAUAACAUCACCAGGUAGAGCUGGGGAUGUCCUCUGCCUGAAACCCAUCUUGAUAUAUCUGUAUCAUGCCCUCCCUGCUCCAAGACUUGGCAGGACUUAGAAGAAGCUCUCGUCCAUCUGUAGAGCGGUUUGUUUGUUUUUGUGGUGAACGGUGUUGCUCAAUUUUUCCCUCCAUACCCACCUUUGACUGGGGAGUUACCUGGGCCAGGGCAAGCCCAAAGCCUGUCUCAGAACAAACUGAAUGUCAAGGUUUUUGUGACUAGGAACUGAGUUGGCCAGUAUUGUGUAGAGUGCAGAUGGCUGUCCAGAAGAGCGAAGACUGCAGGCCUCGUCUAUCAGGAAGGGGAUUAUGGUCAGAUUGUAAGCCUUCCAAGUCUGGGGAGAGUACUUUGCAGGAUUUGGAGCCAGUAGGUGCCAGACUAAUCCUGGCAGGCUCAGGUGCCAUUUCUGUUGGCAGGGGAAAAUGCACCUUUCCUGCUGACUUUGGGACCAGAGAUUAGCUACUAAAACCUUCCCAUCGUUGAAGCAGAGUCCCAUAUGGUUGCAAAUGCCUCAUGCUCAGUCUGCAAGCAACUGCCUUGCUAUAAUCCAUGGAUAGGGACCCUGCAAUCCUCUGGAUGCUCUUGGACUUUAGCUCCCAUCACCCCCGGCCUUUGGCUAUGCUGGUUGGGGCUGAUGGGAGUUGGUGUCCAGCAACAUCUGAAGGGCCCCAUCCCUGCUGUAAAUAACCAUUGAAGGUACUUGCAGUCCUCUUGGAUCCUUCACUUGCAAAGGUUCCUGUCAUACCAGCUGUUGUGGCUCUUCCACACUUGUCCCAUGCCUAGAAAACAGGGAUUGAGGUGGUUUUCCACUUGUCUGAGCAGUUUUACCUUUGCCCUAUCGCUUUCCCCCAGAAACCCAAUCUUCAGUGCCAAAUCAGAGCAAACGUCAAUCUGGAGAAAACCCGACUGAUAUCAUCUGCUCCAAUUCAUCAGUGAAGAUUGGGUUUCCCCAGGGGGAAAGCAGCAGGGCAAGUGAAAGUCUCUGAGUGCCAAACUUGGGGAUGUGUACACUCCUAACUGGGUGUUUGUGAGCUUCCAGAGAUGUCUGCCUGCGGGAGACUCUAUCCUGUUGCAAAACCUGAUGAGCCUCGUGUGUGCAUUCCCACGCCUUGCUCUCUCCUAGGCAACCUACUGUCACCAGCCCACCUAGACUGGGACACGCUAUUGGAACCCCCAUACCUUUUCAGCCCAUCACCAGCAACUGAGCGAGGAGAGUGUGACAACAGUGCCUGGCCGCCUCUCCGGUGCCAAGUUGUGAUCCAUGGACUCAGUGCAGGGAAACCGGUCUCUUGGGAAGUGACAGCUGCCCUGGAUUCCCUGCUUCUUGCCAAAGACAGCCAGGCCAAGGAGGAGCCUUCUCAGUGGCAGCAGCAGAGUAAGGGCUGGGACAAACUGCUUCACCACUUGACUGCUGGCUCCGUCAUCCGGGAUAAUGAGAAUGUGUCUCAAAGGGAAGCUGAGAUUGAACAUGGUAAGCCUGCCCUUCCCUUCACUUGCCCAUUCUGCCUCAAAUUUGACUACUUAAACAGAUGAUGAGUAUUAAUCAGAUUAUUAAAUGUGGGCUUGGGUCUUGUUGCAAAGCUCAUUUCUGAAGCCGCAAAGAAUAUGGACUUGCUUAAAGACAAGCAUACAUAACUUUGCCUACCCUGUAUCUCAAAUCCACCUUCCCUCUUAACUGUAACCAGCACUGUGAUUCUGCCCCUCCAAAGGUUUCUCACGAAGAUUCCGCAUUAAGGCAGUCCAGUCCAGCAAAGCUUGCAACACACCUUCAAUAUAUACCUCUGUGGUGCCUGUUGAUGCUUCCACCCAGGAGAUCUUGCCCUCUGCCCUUGAGGUUCGAAGCACAGGUAGGGCUGCUUGGAGUGCAUGUGCAGAGCUCUGCUUCUUAGGUCAGAAUCUGAAUCCCCAGGAUUCAUCCGGGAUCUAGUUUUGAGAACAAAUUCUAUCAUGAGAGCUAGAAACUUUUUUUAAAAAUUCAGUUGUCCAACAGAUUGCACAAUCAUGUUCUUCCACUGUUCCUUCCUGAAGUGCUCAAAAUCUGGAGCAGCCUGUCUUCAUUUGUUUUCCCUUGGAAGAGAAAGGAGUCCAGCUGCUUACAGCAUCUAACCUGCCUGUUUAAACAUAUCAGGAUUGAGAAGGAAUGAUAGUGAGCAGCAAUUAGACUCCACUGCAGGAUUGCAGAACAAAACUGGCUGCUUUCACCAGCUUCUUUUGUUAGCAAACUGCUGAGAGCAGCCCAAAUAUUUACAGACAUUUCCACCAUACAAUUUUGGUACAUUCCAGGUUUCAUCAGGUAUCUAGGGUGGCAUGUUUUCCUGCUGCAGAUGACUGCAUCAACUUGAACUAGCUGCUGAGUGAGGGGAUAUUUUCCAGUGGCAGCCAGGAAUAUAUCUGUCUGCAGAAUGCAGGCUGUAUUUAUUAUUAGCUCAAUAAAAUCCAUGCAGAGAAAAUGAGAUUGUUCUGCAACUGAAUAUGCACAGUGCUGGCCCCACAACUAUCUCUAAACACCCCAAUGAAAUAUGCUUUCUUCCAGUGGGCCUCUUCAGCCACCAGCAAGGAUCCUAUUCUGGCAGCCGACGUCAGCACAGUUGCUCAGCAGGUCUGGGACGGAGGCAGGACUCAGAGGACCUGGAUGAUGCUCCUGUUUCUGCGGGUACUAGUGUCACUUCACCUGUCUAAGGAGCCCUUUAUCUACAUGACACAAGGACCCCCGGGAGGCAGUAGAUGGGGAAGAAGCAGAGAAACAAAUACAAAUCAAUGAAUUUAGUACUACUACUACUAGUAGUAGUAGUAGUAGUAUUCAAUUUCUUACCCUCCCUCCACCACAAGAUCCUGGGUCAGGUUAUAGCAAUUUAAAGAUACAACAUUAAAAUCAGUUUAAAACAAAUUAAACCAAAAGAAUAGGGCCCUAAAAAUAUUUGCACUCCAAUCUCCGAUCAGUGCAAGAUUUCAGGGGUUCCAGGUGCUUACCCAGGGUUUGUGUUUCCUUUGGUAAUGAAGCACAGCAGAGACUGUGGUGUCUUUAGGAUAUAUGGUUUAUUUACACAUAUAUACAACCUGAGCCUACAAUGGAGGAAUCCACAGCAUUAGCAUCCCAAAAGGGUCUUUCUUCUCCCACAGCCACAGCCCUGGAUUCAAACAGACAUCCAACAUUGCUCUGCUUCUCUGUCUUCUCCCAGCUUGCUGCGUUACAUCUGCCCAUAUCACUGCAACUUUUUCAGCUCUAAAUUCCAGCUCUGUCUUUCUAACUAUCCACGAGUUGAGGGAGAGGCUGCACCCAUUUGCCAUCUCCCACAGAGGCCCUUCCUUUGUUCUCCUUAUGCCUCACCAGGAGGCUAACCUGGCUAUUUCAGGAAUUAGAAGACUUGAUUAAAUUUUAACACUUGCUGGAUCCAGGGGUUAGUGGGGUCUGACAUACCACUUAACACCCCAAACUCAUAACGCUAUACUUCUCCUGUGUCAAAGGCCCAGGGUAAAGAGGUACGUCUUCAGCAUUCAGCAAAAGCUUUUUUAGCGAAGGUACCAACGUACCUCCGUGGGGAGGGAGUUCCAUGAUUUAGAGGUGGCCACAGAGAAUGCCGUCUCCUGGGCGGCCAUCUCCAUCCCCCAAUUUCUGACAGUGGAGAAGCUACCAAGAGGCCCCCUGCUGCCAUCCUUAAGAGUUGAGAAGGUCUUUAGGGAAGGAGGAGGCCUUUCCAAUAUUUGGGGCCUAGGUCUUUUUAGAAGGCUUUAAACACCAAUUGAGUGAUCAGUUGUAGCAGUGGAAGCAGUGUAAUUUGCAUCACCAUAGGGGGAAAAAAUGCUAGAUGAACCCAAGCUAUAUGUGAUGCAGGAGAGGUGAAUAUGCCUUUAAAAAGAAAAGCAAAAAUAGCUCUGCUUCCCAGCAACGGCAGAUAGCGGUUUGAACGUUAGGAAACUGACCUGCUAACAAUGAGAGCGCUUGGGUGAUUUUGUUGUGAAAGAUUAGUGAGAGCUGUACAGCCUCCCUGUUAAAAAUGUGUUCUAUAGGGUAGGGUCAGCCCUUUGACAUCUCCCUGCUCUGCAGCAAUCCAACAUAGCAUGUCGCUCCUUUUUGAAGAUGAAUCAUGAGCAGUGCCUGAUCAUUUGGAGGCAUCAGAGCUGGGGAAGGGCCAUAGCUCAGUGGUGGCCCCUCUGAUUUCUAUGAAGAAGGUCCCAGGUUCAGUCCUGGCAUCUCUAGUUAGGGCAUUGGAAGACUGAUGAUUCCCCUGCCUGAAACCCUGGAGAUCCACUGCCACUCUCAGCAUCCCUGACCACUGGUCCUGCCAACUAGGGAUGAUGGGAGUUGUAGUCCAACAACAGCUGGAGACCCAAGUUUGGGAACCCCUGGUCUAGAUGGUACUGAGUUAGGUGUAGGAACAAUCUGACUCAGCUUAAUGCAGCCUCCUGUCUUCCUGUGGACAGGUCCUUUUAACACACUUCUUGAUAUAGCAGUAUCAGUCCCACCCUGCCACUAUUGACUGAUCACAGAACUCUCUUUUGCAGGGGUGGGAAAUGGAAUAUGGCUGGUGGGCCGGAUUCUUACUUCCCCUACCCGCUGUGGGCCAAGUUUGACAAGUGGUGGAGUUGCAAGAAAAUAAAAAACUUUUGUGACCUCAUAUAUAAUGAAUUUUAAAAAUUGUUCAAGAUAAUGUUUAACAAAAGACCAGAAGUCUUCCUCUUAGGUAUAAUGGCACCAGUGACAUCAGGUAACCUGCUUUUGCAGCUGAUUCCCAGGACUUGCAAAGUUCUGCACCGGUGGGCAUGGUUUAGCCAAAAUAUUCUCUUGGGCCACAUGGGGAGGUCUGGCAGGCCUUGUUAAGCUGGAAGUUCCCCAUCCCUGCUCUUUUGGAUCAGCAUGAGCUUUGAGCAACCCAAUUUCAGCUUCUGAUUUGCAGCAGUUUCUUUCUGUCAUAUUCUGGGAGUCUGUUUUGAUCUUGUACAGCUGCCAUUAACUAGUUAGAUACUGUUGUUGUUUCUUGUAAACCGCUUAGAGGUUUUAUUACAAUGAAGCAGUAUAUACAUGGAUAAAAUAGCGAGCUGACAAAAUAAUAGAUUGAAUGCCCCCGACGUCCCUCCAGUUCUCUGCAGGUUGUAUCAGUUGUUAGUCUGAUGUCAGGAAUUUUCUUUACUUCCUAGAACGAGAAGAGAUUCCUUCUUUUCCUGUUAGUGUCAGUUCUGUCAACCAAGAAAAGCAGAACUGUCAUGAUGGUAAGUCUUACAGCAGAGUUUGGAGGGUGAAGGAUCUGGAGAGGCUGCAUUAAACCAUGUGCUUUAAUAGAUUUAGGGUGCCUAAAUCUAUCAAGCACACACCACAAACUUAGGUUUGUGCAAUUAAAGUGGAUUAAAGGGCUCUGUCACCCUAGUGCAACAAAUCCACUUUUUAAAAAACAAGUUUUUAUGCAGUUUGGAAAGUGGAGAAAUGCAUUGAAUUGAGUGGGAUGAACUAAUGCCUAACAGGAAGAUAUAUAAAUGCUUCACCAGCAAAUCAGGACAAAUGCAAGACAAGUACUCCUUGUCAUAUAACUGCUCUGCUCAGAAAUCAGAAAACCAGAUAUAAUUUAAUCUGCAGGAGAGAAAGGAUGAACGCAAGAGCCCACAUCAUCUGCAAGAGCCCACAAACUCUACCCCUAUUUAUUUAUAACAUUUCUCUCCCACCUUCCCUUCUAGGAGCUCUAGGCAGCACACAGAGUGUUUCCAUUCCCCAUUUCAUCCUUACAGCAAUCCUGUGGGAUAGGUUAGGCUGAGAGAUAGUGACUGGCCCACGGUCACUCCACAAGCUUCAUGGCUGAGGACUUGAACCCUGAUCUCCCAAGUCCUAGUCGAACUCUCUAACCACUGCACCACAUUGGCAAAAUCAAGUUCUACAGCACUAAAAGUGGGGUUUUGUGCUCUGUGUACUUUUGCUUUCCUUCUGUAACUUAUUUUGCUUUUGCUAUAGGGAGAGAAUAAAGAGCUUUGCUGUGCAUCAACUGGGAGACCCUAAGCAAAUGGCAUUAAGAUGCAGCCCUGCCAAUAAAGCUGCAGCUACCAUAGCCAGCCCUGUGGAAGUAAAGCUGUGUGGUCUCAAUCAGUGAAGGCUGGUCUAUUAGAACAAAUGGGGCACUGCCACACCAACCUCAGCCUGCCCUUAACCAGUCCCCACCUGCCUGACUUCUGACUUACAGUCUAGAGCACUGGCUCUUCCUCCUUCGAGUCAGUGUUGCCUUUAUAAAACUCAGAGGAGGAUUUGGACAAACCUAGAAUUGGCUGGCUUUGCCUGGCAUUGGCCGUGGCUCCACAUUCUCUCAGUCACCAUGCCUUCCACCCCCACCAGUCCCCAUGGGCACGACUGGUCUCCAUCUCUGUUUGCUAUUUUGCAGCUCCUAACCAGUUGCUUCCUUUCUGGUCUAGGUGUCGAUUCCAGUCCCUCUCCUGUCUCUGUGGGCUCCCAGAAAUCAAUGGAGAACUUCGUGGGCUCCAGGUGAGUCUUCUAAGGCUGGGAGAUGCAACAGGCUAUUUUGCAGGAAGGUUGUUCUUUUGACCAACCAUUCUGAGAGUGUUCACAAUAUCAUGCAACACCAAUUGUAAUCCUUAAGAGUUUAUCAUCUUUUUUAGGAUCAACAGAGAAUUCACUGUAGGUAUUCUCUACAAGUUCCCAGCUGAGUUAGCUCUGGAAACUCUCCCUUAUCGUCUAAAAUAUUAGCACCAUCUACAUACUAGGUGCUGUACAAAAUACGUAACUGAGAAAGACCCAGUCCAGAGCGUUUUGUGGUCUUUGAUAAGGUGGAAAGAGCAGGGAAGGAUCAGGACAGAAGACACAGUUGCUUCCACUACUAGAUCUUUGUGGAGCAACAGAGAUGCUGAAGCUCUAUUUUCUAUGAGUAAUGUUAUUGUCUUCCACCCAGCAUUUGGGGUUUUACAACACAUUUUGAAGCCUGUUAAAGCUUCAAAAGAUAAUCCUUCCUAGAGAGGAAAACCACACCCUCCAACCCACCCUGUACCUGCUAAUAUAAACAUGCUUGAGCACCUCCAUUAUAUAUAGAGCCCCACACGGGAGGGUGGAAGGCUCCACCAAAAAGGACAGUUUUGUACUCUGCUACAGUUAACCUGGCAUGGGCUAGAGGAAGCUGGCCUGCAGUCCAUCUUUCUCAGUGCAUGCAGGACCCAGCCUUAUCAAGGUUAAGAGCCAUUGAGAACUACCCCUAUGAAUGGAGGCAGUAUACCAGAUGCUUUGCUUGGCCCAUCCAGCUUUGCUUGGCCACUGUAAGAAACAGAAGGCUGCACUAUAAGAGCCCCUAGCCUGAUCGAACAAACUGGUGACAUCACCAUGACAUUUCACCUGGGUGACUCUGGUCUCUGCAGAUUCAGCAUCAGCCGGCGACGGGGUCAAGGCCUGGCACUGCGUCCCCAGUGUCUGACCCCUGAAAGCGAACUCUCCUCUUGUGACAGUGCCAUUCAGGACUAUCUCCCACUGGUAAGCCUCUCUUCCCCUCUCCAUUUCCACUGCCUAGAUCACUGCAGCAUCGUUUUAUCCCACAUUGGUUGCCCAUCUUAUGUGAUUUCUGCUGGACUUUUAAUUAUAUUUAUAAGGUUUCUUCCCUGCCCUUCACUAUAAGGCCCCAGGGCAGGUUUCAACAGUUUAAUAUGCAAUUAUAUAACAGAUAAAAUCAUUGCUAUUAUAGAACAAAUAAGACUGUUCUGAAUGAACCAGAAGAGUAUGUAGAAGAAGAAGAGUUUGGAUUUGAUAUCCCGCCUUUCACUCCCUUUAAGGAGUCUCAAAGCGGCUAACAUUCUCCUUUCCCUUCCUCCCCCACAACAAGCACUCUGUGAGGUGAGUGGGGCUGAGAGACUUCAAAGAAGUAUGACUAGCCCAAGGUCACCCAGCUGCUGCAUGUGGAGGAGCGGAGACACGAACCCGGUUCCCCAGAUUACAAGUCCACCACCCUUAACCACUACACCACACUGGCCACUACACAGGAGGGUGGAAGGCCACCACCCUUAACCACUACACCACACUGUAGUUCCCAACUACACUUCCCAUCGCCCUCAGCCAGCAGUGUGUAUGAUCAGGGAUGAUGGGAGUUGUAGUCCAGCAGUAUCUGGAGGGCUAAAGGUUCCCUAGCCUUGGCACAACCCACAAAAAUCUCUGCUGCACAAACCUUCUCAAAUGAAAGGGAGUUGCAAAACAGCUUUGAACUUGCACAGAAGCACUUCCCACUGAACUGUUAAGGGACUCAGAAGCUUGGCUUAAAUGCACAUCCAACUUCUCCCUUGUAACAGGUGCGGCUGCAGCAGGCCCCCGGCAUGUUCCAGCUGACCGAGUGUUUCUCGGAGGUCGUUCAGAUCCCACUGGACCGCUUGCGCCGGGCCUCUCCCUAUGCCUCCCACCGUGCCAGCCUCAGCCCUGCCUCCAGCACCUCCCCUUGGGCACUCAUAGCCAAGGCCAGCCCAAGGCUAACAGCAAACCAGCCUUCCCCGGAUGGCGGUGAAGGAGUUGGAACAAGCAAGGAGGGAGCGGUGGAGCCAGGAUCGCCACACUCACACAGCACCUGCUCAGAUGUGCUGAGCGCUGCUGUGUGGGCACAGGCAGACAGCGGGCGUGGCUCCGAGACAGAUGCCUGCGACCAUUCACCGGAUGCCUCUGAAGUGAGCAUCAGCUUGCAGGAGAUGUGCCCAGAUGCAGAGGAAGGGGACCUGGAGAGCAUGAGCUGGGCCACAGCUGUGGCUUUGGCCUGGCUGGAGCACCGCUGUGCCGGGUUCUUUGUGGAGUGGGAGUUGCUGGCAGCCAAGGCCGAUUCCUGGCUGCGGGCACAGCAGCUGCCAGAAGGUGUGGAUGUCGCCGCUCUCAAAGGGGCAGCACGUCAACUCUUCCUGCUGCUCCGCCACUGGGAUGAGAACAUCAAGCUAAACAUGCUGUGUUACAACCCAAACAACGUGUGAAGGAGUAGUGAGCAGACCAGGCCGUUGGUUGCAGGUGCCAAUAAAGAGACGCGAUCAGAGUCUAGAGCAGCAGCGUGUUCUUUCAUUGCCCAGGUCUUUGGGCAACACUGUGUCCACACCAGCAAUGCUUUUUCCAGAUACCUCCAAAAUUACUGACACUUGAGUUGCUAUAGAGAGCCAGGGCUAGUCUCUUGAUUACCCUCGUCUGUUGGGUUGGCCUGAUUACCGUAUGUCCAAAAAAGGGAAGAGAGAGGUCCCCCACAGGGAGUGUUGCAAGCCUGUUUUGCACAGCCUUGACUCCUGAAAUGAGUGGGAAAGGCUCUCCUUCCACCACAGCAGAAAAUUAGCUUAUUCCCAGUAAAAAGCAACACUCCUAUUCCUGCCCACAGCUCACCCUCAUACCAAGACUGUGCUACUUAGGGUUGUAUCAGAUGAAGUCAUCCCAUUGGUGCACAGAUUUCCACUUGCAGAACCGAACUUCCCCUCCCUCUCCUGUCUCUGUGCACCCCUUGCCCGCUAAUUUGUUCAGGAGAGUUGGGAAAAAUCUACAGAACAGCUUUAGUGGGUGCAUGGGGGGAGCAGAGGGAGGGGCAGUUCCAUUGUGCGAGCGGAAGUCCUUGCACUAAUGGGACGGUGUUGGAUACAACCUUAAGUCCACCUGUUCUCAAGUGUUAUCCACAUUUAAAAGGCCAAGAAGCUUGCUUUAAAAGCAAAUGAAGUGCAGCCACGAGACAAAAGUCAAAAUACAGAGGCAAGAGGCCUCACGCCAAGCCCUGGCUGAUUUUAUUUAAGCUGUUCCACAUUACCACCAGCAGGUAUGCAGAUUGUACUCUUUCCCAUCCACACACCACCACACACCUUCUGGGCUAGGAGGCAGUGCCUACACUUGAGCAAGAGGUCCUCCCAGGAGGGAAUGGAAGUGGUCCGUCAGCAUCUGACCCAGAGCAACAUCCAUGCCUGGACCAUCUUGUUCAUGCUCUCACUGUGGGAAGCUCCUCUUGUGCAGUUUUCACUCCGCCUUUUUCAAAGGCUGUUUCUUUACUUCCUGGGGGGUCAUGGAGGGCUCCGUCCCAUACCAGAGCUGGAGAAGAAUGAUGGCGUGGCAAACAUGGAGGGCAGCGGAGCUGUAAACUGUUGACGGGUACGUGUUCCAAGAAAGCUCGAUCAAACCUAGAAUGAGCACCCUGAAGGGAGAGGAAAAAACAAAUAGGACAUUGUUCAAGAAGUCACAUAAGGCUGUCGUAGCAGGAGGAGUGGGUUUUUCUCCUUCCCUCACUUUUACUCUUAAAAAUUGUUUGUUCGUUUAUUACAUUUAUAUUCAGUCUUUCCUCCCAAAGGAGCCCAGGGCAGCAAACAAGAGAUAAAACAAUACAAAACUUAUUUAAAACUACUCCAGCACAGAUGCAGACUCGGAAAGAGCUCAACUUAAAAGGCUCGUUGAAAAAGGAAGGUCUUCAGUAGGCGCCAUAAAAACAACAACAGAGAUGUUACCCAAUAUUCAAGGGGAAGGCAUUCCAAAGGGGAGGUGCCACAAUGCUAGAAGCACAAUUCAGCUAUUGUGCAGAACAGACCUGAUAAGAGGCUAUUUGUGGGAGGCCCUCACCUGCAGAGCAGUGAUCAAUUGUGUAUGUAAGAAAUGAGAUGAUCUUUCAGGUAUCCUGGUACCACAAUGUAGAGGGCUUUCUACACCAGAACCAGGAUCUUGAACUUAGCACUCACUUCUUUGCCACCCCCCACCCUGCCCUCAGUUCUGGUUCAGCAAAGGUACUCCUAGAUCCAUAUAUGUCGCUGGAGGCACAGGUAACCUCAGUGUCUAAGAGCACCUUUUAUCAGCUUCAUCUGGCGAGACAGCUAUGACUAUUGUGAUCCAGGCAUCAGGAACUCUCAAGACGGGAUUACUGCAGUGCCCUCUAUGUGGGGCUUCUCUUGAGCAAUCCAGAAACUGCAGCUAGCUUACAAUAAUGCAGCUAGGCUGUUGGCUGGGGCAUCCCACCAACAAUAUAUAACACCUCUGCUAAGAAACUGCAUUUGGCUGCCAAACUGGAACGUGUCCAGAGGAGGGCAACCAAAAUGGUCAAAGGUCUGGAAAUGAUGCCUUAUGAGGAAUGGCUAAGGGAGCUGGGCAUGUUUAGCCUGGAGAAGAGGAGGUUAAGGGGUGAUAUAAUAGCCAUGUUCAAAUAUAUAAAGGAUGUCACAUAGAGGAGGGAGAAAGGUUGUUUUCUGCUGCUCCAGAGAAGCGGACACGGAGCAAUGGAUCCAAACUACAAGAAAGAAGAUUCCACCUAAACAUUAGGAAGAACUUCCUGACAGUAAGAGCUGUUUGACAGUGGAAUUUGCUGCCAAGGAGUGUGGUGGAGUCUCCUUCUUUGGAGGUCUUUAAGCAGAGGCUUGACAACCAUAUGUCAGGAGUGCUCUGAUGGUGUUUCCUGCUUGGCAGGGGGUUGGACUCGAUGGCCCUUGUGGUCUAUUCCAACUCUAUGAUUCUAUGAUUCUAAUACAUUAUGUGGCUCAGUUAAAAGUUUCGCUUCUAGCAUUUAAAGUGAUACAAGUUAGGGCUAGGAGAUUUGAGAAACUUAAGCCUUGCCCCACAUGCUCCUCUCUGGCAAUUGCAUUCUUCUCACAGGACAUCAUUAAGAGUUCUGUAUGCCCCAGAAGUACACCUGAUAUCACUAAAUAUAUCAGGCCUUUAAAGCUGCAGCUCCAGCCUUCUGGAACCGGCAUCCAACUGAAAUAUAGGUAGCUAUUGAAAACUUUCUUUUUAAGACAGCCUUCUCUGAAGUGUGACUUGGCCAUUUUAUAAUGUAUACAGAGUUUGGAUAAUUCAAUGAUUUCAAAGUUUGUUUUUCGGAUUUGUGUACAUAUUCUGCAUUCUGCUUUGGAAAACAUUGAUUAGGAAACUGUUUAUACAUUCUUAAAACAAAUAGAUGUGCCAAUAAAGAGUUCUGAACCUCC